AGUCAGUAGAGGCAGCGUCCCCUCCCUCCUGCACAACUGCUGCUGACCCCUGUGUGCGUCUGAGGUAAGACUUAAGCAGCACUCACCGCUCUCUCCACCAAGAAUUUCAGAAAAGACGUUUUUUUUCUUUACCCACAUUUGAUUCUUGUUUCUCUGCAGGAGGACUUGGAUUCUGCUGUUUUCUUCGGUCUUGCUCUUUUCGGAUCUAUCGCCAUGGGGGGACUGGACGCGCUCCGGCAGUGUAAUUUUUUAAGCUGGCUCAGAGAGGAGAGGCAGUCCAGAAAAUUGAUCCUCUUCAUUGUUUUUGUGGCCCUGCUCCUGGAUAACAUGCUGCUGACGGUAGUCGGUAGGUUCCCUCCUCAUUUUCUCACGAUGUGAUCCUUGAUGAGUUUUUCCCUUUUUCUUUUUUUCUUUCUUUUUUUGCGCAACAGGUUGUCCAGUUCAACAAAUAUUUAGAUCUGAAAAUCCAAACGUAGUGCUGUGUGUGCAGGUGUGUGCAUGGCUUUUUCAGGGUUUUAAAGCCUCUCUGGACAGACAAUGACACGGUCUACGAUAUGAAGUUAAGCCUUGUAAAAUAAAGCUAGUGUAAGGUAUGAGUCUUGAGAUGGAAAAUCACAGAAAUCGAGUUUUUGAUUGAUUUGUUUUAAUUCUGUCUGCAGACUUUGGUGUGAGGUUCUUUCAAUAUCCUUCAGCAUGUUGGCCCUCUUACUAAAUGAAAUUCACAAUAGACCACGAAGGCGUCACAUAUUCAGAUGAAACCAGAACUGUACGUUAAAGCGAGGCGCCCAUUGAUAUUCCUGUCAUUUUCCUCUUAUCAUCACCUCACGGUUUCCACAGCAGAGUCAGUGAUAAUUCAUUUCUAAACUCUCAUACUUCAUACUUUGAAGUAAGGUUUUUAUUCAGUCAUGUCAGGUUCAUAUAAAAUCUGACAAGAUACAAUGAGACAAAAACACUUCAUUUUUCUUUGCUUCAUUAAGAAAUGAUUGACAGCCCCCCCCCCCCCUUUUUUUUUUUUUUACAUGUGAAUUAAAUAAUUAAUUAAAACAUGAAGAGGUUUAGAAACCUUCCUAAAAUGUCCAUUUGUAUCUUUUUGACCAUUUUAACAUUCAAUCUUCUGAAUUAAUCGAAAAGGAAUAGCCGACCAAUAGUUUUACUUUUUUGGGCAAAAUUUCUAAAAACUUCAUUCACCUAUCAGAGUGGGAUCUGGGUUUUCUAAUCGAGGUAAAUUUCUAACAUUUGAGGGAAAAAUGAGAAUUGAAGAAAAUGUGAAAAAAGCAAGUGACCCACCUCCACUUCUAUAACACAGAAUAUGACACUGUGAGUGUAAUUCAAUAAAUUCCUCAAAAAGGAAGACAGCAGCAGACAGCAGAAAGCCUUUAUUAACCAGCUCAUUUUACAGUCCGCACUUUUCAGUUUGAUAUUAUGAAUCACAUAUAGUGAAAAAAAAAUGACACUUGUUGAUUGCUGGGAUAUUUGUUGCAGAUAAAUCCGAUGCUGUAUGUGAAUCUUCAUAAGGUCAUUUAUAACAGACCUGGUUCAUUUUAAUCCAGUAUUCCUCUCUUUUUCUCUCACACAGUUUAAACUGGAAAACAGGGCUCUUUAUUUGUGAUCGCUGUAGAUUUACUUUAAAUUUCAAAAUCAGCAGCUGAAUAUAACUUUUCUGUCUCAAAGUCAAAUUUUCUAGUCAACAGAACCACAAUCUGAAAAUAAAUGUUCAUAUAGGACAGCAGAGUCCAUCUGAGAGCAGCUUAGUCAUCCAAAGGUCCGAUCAAAUGUGGAUUCAAUGGGUGUGGCUUCCUCAUUUCAGUGAGACCAUGAUCUAUUUAAUACAAGCAUGCACACUGUCCUCAAGCCCUUUUCUGAGGCAGUCUCCCCUGAGGAGGAGUGUUAACCUGUAAAAUCAUCAUCCUUGGCUGUUUUUAUUGUGUCAUUGAAGGGGGAAGAAUUUGUUUUUGAGCUCACAGAUGAAUAUUCCUAAAAGUCUGACCAGCUUCUCUGUGUCUCUCUCCUCCUCUGUAUCCUGUCUGUGUUUGAUCACAGCAAAUGUCAGCAUAUAUCCUCCUCUUCGUUUUCUGAAACCAGCAGCUUCAGGGUGUAUUUCUGCCAGUCCCAAUCAUGUCAUGUGUAGCACUCUAUUAAUCAUCCCUCCCUUCUCAACUAUAAAUAUAGUUCCCUUUGUAUACUGCACUGUCUGGGUUUUCCACUUCUCUGGUAAAUUCACAGCUGAAAUAUUGUCAACAGUUUUCACAACAGAACAUAAGUAGUGCAGUUUUGGCCAGGCAAACAAUCUUCUAUCAAAGUGACCACAGGGAAGCUUUGACUAGUCUUUAUUGAUACCAUAGAUUUGGGUAACAUCUUUGCAGAAACUAGAACUUCAUUUUGAAGGGAUCCAGAGGGAAAUCUUGUUAAAGACGCUCUCUCUGUAACACCUGGAUGUGCACAGCCUUGUUUACUCUGACUCUGUAGUGGACAGGCUCACAGCCCUGUCAUUCUUCUGCCAUUUACGUUAGCUCUAACCUUGUUUAUAACUUCAUUUAAGUUUGAAGUACAAUAUCAACACAUGAAAGCAUGUAUGAUCUUUUCUAAUGAACAUGUAUAUAUAUAUAUAUAUAUAUAUAUAUAUAUAUACACACACACACAAACCAUCCAGUGCACAGCCUGAGAUCCUCAGGCAGGAACCUCCUUGUUGUUCCCACCUCAAACUUUAAAACAAAAAGUGUCCAAGCAUUUGCUAGUAGGGCGCCUGGGCUAUGUAAUGACUUGCCUGAGGAUCUCAGACUAGCUACAUUAGUGUCUUUUUAAAUCCCUUUUAAAAGCACAUCUUUAUCAGACAGCCUGCUUCAGACCUGUGUUUUAUUCAUGAUCCACUUACUAUUUGAUUGUGUUUCCAUUGGUCAAGUUUUUUAAUAUUACAUCUAAUUUUUUCAUUUCUUUUAUCCUUUUAUCUCGUCUGUAAAACUUGUCGCCACUACUUGGUGUAUUCUUUUAUCUUGAAACUCUAUCGUACAAUAGAGAUCAGAUCGUUGAAAUGUAUUACUUUUUCUUUUAAAAAAUACAGCUGUGAAUGUUCUGAAUCACUUAAAGGCAUUCUCAUGUUAAAGUGGCUUUUUACAAAACAGCUUUUUAGUAGUUAUUUGCAAUAAUAAUAAAAAGAAUUACUGUACCUAUUGAAUAGCGCAUGAUAGAUAGAAAAUAUACAUGAAUGCAAAAAAGUCACUGUUAUUUAGGGAGAAAGAAGGUGAGGAGGGCUGAGGUGGAGAGGGGGGGAGUUGAAGGGAUACGGCUCAACUUACCACACUCCUAUGGACAACUUACCCCAUACACGGGGUAAGUUGACCAUAGGAGACCACUUUUUUUUGCUUUUUUUGGAAUGCUGUAGUAUCAAGACAGUUAUGUUUACACUCGUUUUGUUGGUUUGCAGAGAUGCACAACAUCUUGAAAUAUAUGCAGAUCCACUAGUUAAAGACAACACUAUGAUUGUCUUGAUGUAGGGAUCCGAAAUAUAAAAAAUGGCUCAUCUUACCCCACUCUCCCCUAAAGAUACAUCCAUCUUUGCACUAUAGCACUGGAGCAUUCAUCUUUACACUACCGAACUUCUCAAUUCUUUAGGAGUGUCAGAGCUGCAGUGGUAUGUUUUUAUACUUUUGAAAAAAAAAAAAAAAACUUUAGAUUUCCAGAGCUGCACACCUGGACAGGGUGGUGUCCUCUGAUAUAUACCAUGUCCACUGCUGACGAGUCUUGAUUCUGGCUUAAUGCUUGCACAGAGCUUCUUUGUGACUCAACACACUGAGAAGCAGCAGCUAGCAGAAUGUAAAUGAUAUGAAAAGGUAGAGAGACAGCCUUUGACUCUGUCCCCCUCUCACUCAUCUGUUGCUGGUGGUGCAGAUAUGUUGCGCUGAUUUGAAGGCAAAAACUGAUGUAACAGUGUUAAUACUGUCUGGAGAAUAUGAAGAGAUAUGCUUAUACUGUCUGUCUCUGUUAUACCCAACAGGAACACAGGUAUGAAUUACACAGAGACUCAUGAGCCUGGGUUCAGAGAGAGGAAAAACUCUGCAGUCUAUUUGAUGUCAUGAAUAGCCUUCACAGAUCCUUCAUGACCCCCAUCAGACAGGGAAGGUUCUAAGCAUCACAGUCAGGUACAUUUUUGAUCAAAGCUCCAGGAAUUUUCUAGAGUUUUUGAGUCAUACUGUAGGCCAGGGCCGAGCACUGGCCUACAGUAUGUCUGAGCACCACAGUAGUUUGAGAUUCAGUGACUUGUUAAAAGGAACCCCAGCAGAGCUGCAGCAGGUAAACCAGCACCUCACCAGCUACCAACCCAAUUUCCAUGCUUUUGCUUGAAAUAAUGACUGUAGUUAUUCAAAUCAAAAUUUUAUCUUUAUUUACCUGUCAAACAAGAUGGCAGAGCUACACCACUGACCUGCAGUUAAACCAACCAGCACUGAGAAGGUGAAAGGAAAAUGUUCUUUGGUGGUCUAAGAUAUAAAAACUGAUCUGAAACCACAUGCACGCACGCACACCAGGUAUGAGGUGUUGGCAGAGGUCUGAUGUGGCCAUAAACUCCUUGUCCUCCUCUGACACAUGGUGCAUUGUUUGUGGAUUUGCAUCAUGCUGGUGAACAUCAGUCAGUGCUCAUGUCAGAUUUGAUUGCAUCCAUCUCUUCUCGGCUCUUUAUGCCCGGCAGUUCCCAUCAUCCCCAGCUACCUGUACAACCUGGAUGAGUCUUCAGAAGCAGUGUUGAAGAAUAACACCCUCUCACAGCCAGGGGCUGCAGGGGCUCCGGGGGCUCCAGAGGCUUUCAACAGCAUCAUGUCUCUGUACGACAACACGGUGAGGUCCUCAGGCUCCAACGCCACAACCAGACCCUAUGAUCUAACCCCCACAGCCCCCACCACAGCAGCUCCGCCUCAGAACUCUUCCGACUGCCCCAGGUCCAGCAGUAUGCUGCUGAAUGAGAAUGUCAAAGUGGGAAUGCUGUUUGCCUCCAAAGCCACUGUACAGCUGAUUACCAACCACUUCAUAGGGCCUCUGACAAACAGGUAUGAUGUCUCCCUGUCUGUGUGUGUGGAUGGGUGAGGGAUGCAGUGUUAAUAACAGGGCAAUUAUCUGUCUACUAUAUUAGCAGCCUGUGUUUUUCAUGUAGACCUAGUUCUAGCAAAUAAGGAAUUCAUGAAAGAAUAAAAAUAAUCAUGUUUGUGGUUCUUAAUAAAAACACUUAAUUAUUUAAUUUAUUUGAUUAAAUCAGUCAUAAACCUUUUAAGAGCCUCACAAAUGGAUCAUUGGGUGAGACCACUUUAUUUGGGUGUGUUAUGUAGUAAAAAGUCUUUCCCUGAUAACCCAAUAGGCUAAAAUAAACUUUCAUCUUCACUGAUGACCAGUCUACUAAAUUAUUUUCAAAUAUGAGUGAUUGCCUGGUCCACAUCAUCCAUCUCUCCUUCCAUCAGUCUGAAUCAGUUUUAAGAUUUCAGGUCUGAUAUGUUUAAUAUGAAAUGUGUCCUUAAUUCCCCCUUUGCUUUCCAUUUACUGUGCUGGCUAUUGAUUUAGUAUUUGUCUGAAAACAGGUGAUAAUUUAUAACAAUGUAUCAAUGAUCAGGGCAAGCUGUGGAUACAGCUUCACAGAAAUCUUUAUCCUUAGUUGUAUUUGAACCAUCAUGUUGUUUUCACAUUCAUUUAUAGUAAACAGGUGGUUAUAGGAGAGUCCUGACAGAGUCCAUGACCACUCCAGCAAUACUCAUGAAUCCACUUCUCCCUAGCUGAUCUGACAAAUUAUUUAUUUAAAGAUGAUUUCAUUGGUUUAUAAAUAAUCAAUGCAGCUAAAAACAGUCAUUAUAAUCACAAGGACUCAUUUCAGCAGCAUUGAGUAAUGUUUGGACCCAGUGUGUAUCCACAUUAAAGAUGAAAAGCUGUAGUAGGAUUUGGAAUUUGAAGUAUUACAAGUUCUGACGCAAAACUUAAAUUACUUCAGCAAAAUCUAAACAUUCAAGGACAUUUAUAUAUAUUUACUGAUUUCACUGACCAUUAGUUAAAUAAAAGGCAGUUAUAAAUAAUCAGCUGAUGCUGAUUACACCUGGUACACUUUCAUCUAUUAUGUAGCUUUUACUGGAAACCUUUAGUGAUUUCAGAGUUUAGAGAUGCUCUCACCCACUCUGCUCCAACUACACAGAUUGCAGGACAAGAAGUUGCUCCUCAGGCUGCUGUCACAUCUGAGCCCAAAAACUGUGAUUGUCCCACCUCUGAGACCAGCCUGAGGCAGACAUUAAGGUUUUGACCACGUUGUUUGCAAACGGGGGAGAGUAGACUGUCUCUGGCAUUGUUUUUUUCUGUUUAGAAUUACCAUUCAGCGCUAUAAAGAUCUGAUGUAUUAUUAUUAUUAUUACCUUCGCCAAGGAGGUUAUGUUUUCGGUAGCAUUGUUUUUUUUGUUGGUUUGUUGGUUUGUUACCUCCGCCAAGGAGGUUAUGUUUUCGGUAGCAUUGGUUUGUUUGUCUGUUAGCAACUUUACGGAGAACGUAACAGAUGGAUUGACCUGAAAUUUUCACCAGAGGUGCAACUCAGCCCCAGGACGAUCCCAUUACAUUUUGGUGGUGAUCCGGAUCGCCUUCUGGAUCUAGGGAUUUUUUGAAGGAUUCUUUAUCAUUGUGAGAUAGGGCAAAUUUUGGAAUUUUUGCAUUUAACUCUAUAAACAUGGCCAGAGUCUUUAGUAAAAAAUUACACAAAGGGAUCUCAAUGAGUUUGAUGAGGUACCAAAGGUUGAUCCUGAUCCAGACAAAAUUCCGGAUACUGUGAUCCAGAACACACAAAAAUAAGGGUGUGGUUGGAAUUUUCAAUAAUGAAAGAUAACCAAUGGGCGGCACAGUGGUGUAGAUGGGUGGUAGGGUGGUGUAGUGGUUAGCACUGUCGCCUCACAGCAAGAAGGUUCUGGGUUCAAAUCCGGGACAGGGCAUUUCUUGUUUUAGGAACAUUAUGAACAGUGAACAUACCAGUUUAAACACUUAUAUAAGUUAAUAAAAGACAUGUAACAGUAAAAGUUUUGGUAUGAAUCACAAUAUAAUGGGGGACAUGAGCUGCUUGGCGGGGGUCUGCGCUCUCCGAGUGCUUUUCGAGUUUGUUUGUUUCUUUGUUUGUGAGUUUGUUUGUUUCUUUGUUUGUGAGUUUGUUUGUCUGUUAGCAACUUUAUGGAGAAAGUAACAGACGGAUUGACCUGAAAUUUUCACCAGAGGUGCGUCUCAGCCCCAGGACAAUCCCAUUACAUUUUGGUGGUGAUCUGGAUCGCCUUCUGGAUCCAGGGAUUUUUUGAAGGAUUCUUUAUCAUUGUGAGAUAGGGCAAAUUUUGGAAUUUUUGCAUUUAACUCUAUAAACAUGGCCAGAGUCCUUAGUAAAAAAUUACACAAAGGGAUCUCAAUGAGUUUUAUGAGGUGUCAAAGGUUGAUCCUGAUCCAGACAAAAUUCCGGAUACUGUGAUCAAGAACACACAAAAAUAAGGGUGUGGUUGGAAUUUUCAAUGCUGAAAGAUAACCAAUGGGCAGCACAGUGGUGUAGUGGUUAGCACUGUCGCCUCACAGCAAGAAGGUUCUGGGUUCAAAUCCGGGACAGGGCAUUUCUUGUUUUAGGAACAUUAUGAACAGUGAACAUACCAGUUUAAACACUAAUAAAAGUUGAUAAAAGACAUGUAACAGGAAAAGUUUUGGUAUGAAUCACAAUAUAAGGGGGGACAUGAGUUGUUUGGCAGAGGUCUGCGCUCUCCGAGUGCUUUUCUAGUUUGUUUGUUUGUUUGUGAGUUUGUUUGUCUGUUAGCAACUUUACGGAGAAAGUAACAGACGGAUUGACCUGAAAUUUUCACCAGAGGUGCAUCUCAUUCCCAGGACGAUCCCAUUAAAUUUUGGUGGUGAUCCAGACAAAAUUCUGGAUACAGAUUUAUGGAUAGCCUGGCAAGAUACAAAAAAGCCAGGUUAUAAUGCUAGAACAACCUGGGUUCACACAUUAGCUACCCCUGAUUAAAUAAUAUUUGUAAAACCAUUAAACCUGCAUGCAAAAGUGGAAUAUUGAAUCUUUUUCAACAGUUUUAAGGUUAUUUUAAAGACUUACAUGUGUAGAUAACUGAAAAUAGAAUAUGGUAGAAUAUGUAGUUUUGUAGAAUAAAGCAGUUUCACAUGGAAAAUCUUAUUCACCAAUUUUCUUGUCUGUUUGAAUUAAGUAUCAGAGUCUGAAUGUAUUAUUAUGUAUUAUAACGUGGUUUAUUACGGGCAGAAACCUUGAGCAAGACCAGUCUCAUGUUAGACAGCCACUUGCUGCUACUGAGUUGGAGGAGAGAGAGGACAGAUGGAGAUAGAGAGAGAUAUGGAGAUUAAGUGUAGCUUAGCUGAUAGACAGUAAGACACAGAUUAUGGGAGUUACUUUUUACACAGCAUUGUGGUCAUGAAACAACCAGAAGAUUUUGCCUGAAAAAAAUGUGUAUUAAAAGUGAUUUAAUCUAGCCACACAAGCCCCCCACAUGUUGUUGUUACAAUGACCUUCAAGGAAAAUCUUUACAGAAAUUAAAUGCAGAUUUCUUUCCAGUAACUUUGUCUUUGAGAGGGAAAAAUCGUUGUGACAUUUUUGAAUACCCAAAGAAAAUGAAUGAGAAACCUUCUGAGACAGAGUGGAGCGAUAAGGCAGGGAAAUGAAUCUUCAAAUCAGUGGAAGUUCCAAAAAAGCUUCAAGUAACAGAAGUGAAGUAGUUUUUUAGUAGGGAAGAAAAUAACAUUUAUUGCAGUAUGACAAAGGACAGAGCAAAAGCAUCAUAUUCUGACAGGUUUUGUCUGGAUUCAACAGCAGCUUCCCUCCAGCCCAGAGAAGUAGCCAGAGGCCAGUACAGAACAACAUUUUGUCUCUUAUCUAAUGCAUCAUCCAACACAAAUUAAAGAGAAGGAGCCGUAGCAGACUCCCUUCAUGUUCCGAGGAGGGAAAUCAGAUGUGGCAUAUGGAAAACAAGCCAGUUUAAUGCAGUGUUGUGGGUAAAUGUCAUGCCAGCUCCAACAGAUCUAAUCACACUGAAUCAAACAGAGCGGAAUUCCUGAUUAUGGGUGUUUGUGUUUAUGCACAUGUGCCCGUUGUUUUUGGUCUCCUUCCUCUUAUUCAUGGAUGCUCCAGAGUUAUUCAAAUUUUAAUAAGGAGAGCUUUUGCUGUGAACUAUACACAUGGACACAAAAAAGGCUUUUGUAUUUUGUAUUUGUAAUCAGUCUCCUCCAUCUUUUACUGUAGAUACAGUAACACAAGCACAUUGGCUGAGCAUGGCUACUUACUGUGGGACAUAAAAGUGCAUACACAUGUCCACUCAUGUGCAUGCUGUGUCAUGUAAACCAGGGGCCAGCAAUUAUCUUUACCAUGGGACAAGUUUUUUUCUAAUGCACAGGAUGGUGAGUCAGAACAUAAAAAAACUCAGAUUUAUGAGGUUGAUUAGUUAUGAAGAUCUGCCUGGAACUUACAACAGACUGCAUUAUAUUGUCUCUUGUAAAUGCUUAUUCAGCUGCCACAGCCUUUAGAGGACAGGUGUGCAUCUUGGUUUUGCACUGUCCAAAGUAAAAUUGUGUGUUUUUAUCAAUUAUUGCAUGUCUGAUGAAUAAAUGUAGGUAUUUGACAAAAGAUUUUUCUCUCUACAUGUUACAAAUAACAGCCUAUUUUAGGAAUGAAAGGUGCUUCUUUUUUACCCCCAAAUAAGAACCAUCUUGAAAUAUAUUUGGGCGAAAGGCCAAAGAGGAUGUGGUUCUGGUGAGAUUUGUUGGCAUAGUGAGGUUUUGUUUCAGCCUCAGUAGUUUUCUACUGUGUCCUGUUACUGUUUGUGUCUGACUGUCAUGACAUUAUUAGGAAAAUACAAACCCCAACUCUAAUGAAGUUGGAGGUUAGGUAAAACGUGAAUUAAACAAAAUACAGUGAUGUUCAACUGGAUACUCUCCAAAGAUAUUUCAUGUUUAAACCAAUGAACUCCUAAAAAAGCUGUUAACUGCUGUAGUACAUCAGCUUUUGUUCAGCCCUCACAGUUGGACCUGAGCACAGAUAAGGAGACAGAAAACUUUUCAACAAACAACAGGCCUAAAGUGUUCUAUAGUGCAGCGUUUCUCAAAGUGUGUGGCCCGCCCCCCUAGGGGGGCGCGGAGCCAUUCCUGGGGGGGCGCGAGUCACCCGGCUACAAAUAGGUUGGUGUGCACCCGCGAUAGCGCGGCUUCUCCUGUGCAGGCACCACGCUCGUCACGCAUGCACCAUACUGAACUCGCCACACAAGUAGGGGGAGUCCAGCGCCCUAAACCCUGUUUCUUUAUUUUACCGUGAAGAAGCAGCGUUUGUUGUGGCGGACGCUCAAGGCGAGAUACUUGUCAGGUGUUGUGCCGUAGAAUGCACCCCUGCCGUAAAAUGCCGACGGGAGCGCGGUUGAAAGUACUUUAUAAGGCAAAAAUAAUUCAAGUUUUCCUUACCAUUGGAUGAAUUCAAAAGCGUCUGCCUUUAAUUAUUUCAUUCAGGCUAUUCAGAUAAGCCGAAAAAAUAGCCCUCUGAUUUGGAACAUUUGCUGUACCGAAAAUAUAAUGUUCGCUAACUUGACAGCUUACUGUACAGUUUAUAUACCCGAGCACACCUCCAUAUGUGCAUUUUUGAGACACAUAAAAACAGAACGAAAGUUGUCCCGAUCCAAUACUCGUGUCUUUUUAAAAUAUGAGAUCAUUUUCUUCCACUUUAAGAAGUUAAUAAGUGGAGGGGAUGCAGGGGGUGCAUCUAUGGCAGGGGUGCAUUCUACGGCAUAACACCUGUUAAGUAUGCUGCUAUCCCCACCUGUACAAUGUCCUCCUGAAAGCAUACAAAGACGCUUUCUGCUGUGCUAAUUCAUGGUGGGAACUAGCUCAGAAACCAGGGCGGAGAUAACCACCGACGCCUUGCUAUGCCAGCAGCUGCUCCGCUCCUCUCGCUGUGGAGAGCUCCGAGAGGAGCUGAAGCUGCUCCGUUUCGCGUUGUGCAGAGUCCGUGCCGCGGAACCAAUGUUUGGACGUCGGAAUGUUUUUUUUGCGGCGGACAACCCUCGCUUUCACCUGUCACCGUAACAACCAGCAACUGUGUUCAGAUCAGAAUAAUAAAUUGUAUAUAAAUGUACAGAAUGGAGAGAUAUUUGACAGGGAUGAAAAGAAAAGCUGAAGCCAGCAAUACAGCAUGCCUAGAUGACGGUAGGCCAAACCAACAAAAAGCCAAGUCAAGGAAAUAUGAUGAAGCUAUCUUACUAUCUUGCUCUUGGAUUCACAGGAUUUUUUGUACUUACUCAACUUGAUAUUGUUUGAUUAUUAUUGUUCUUGCAACAUAAUAAUAAUAAUAAUAGUUUUUAUUUGUAACGCACUUUACAUUUGAAAACAAAUCUCAAAGUGCACAACAAGACAACAAUAACAGUAAAAUCAAGCAACAGGGCAAAACAAUAAAAACAGUCAGCAGAUAAAAUCAGAUAAAAUUAGUCCGGGUAGGCUUUCCGAAAGAGGAAGGUUUUGAGUCCUUUUUUAAAAGCAUCCACCGACUGUGGAGCCCUGAGGUGGUCGGGGAGGGCGUUCCACAGACGGGGAGCAGCAGCCUCGAAGGCUGCACAUUUGUUUUCUAGUUUUGAGAAAUACAGCAGAAGGAAUGGUAUGUCAGUAAAGUUAUACAUGGCCUAUUUUGUCACAAUUUUGUUGGGGUAGGGGGGAAUGAAUUUUUUUCUUCCUCCAAAGGGGGGAAUGACAAAAAAAGUUUGAGAACCACUGCUAUAGUGAGACAUAUCCCCAAAACACAGGCCCAUGUCUGUGUUAACACAAUUAAAUACACAACCCUAAAUAAGUCCUUCUAGUCAUGCCAUUCUUAAACCUUCUUUCUAGUCAGUGGGUCAUCCCACUCAUGGGCCUCUAAUGUGAACACCCUUAACAGGGCUUUUCCUCAAAUGAGGACUUAAGCUGUAAACCAAUAAGGGUGACAAAGACUGCUCGUGGUUGAUCAAGCCCCUCCAAAAGUCUUCAGCAGACACCUGAAAUGUGAACUCAUCUGUGGUAGAAUCCCAGUGAUUCCUAGACAUCAUUACAGGGAUACCUGUGUGCAACCUUAAGUUGGACAAAGAAAGCUUUUCUUGGAUCUUCAAAGUAGCAAUAGCGUUGUUAUCUGAUGGAAAUUAGACUUAUACAGUCUAGAAAUGCUGCUCUACAAAGUGCCUCUCCUUAAGGCCAGAGUUGAGCAUAUCCCUUUGACUUUGCCUUCUUGUGCCCAUAGAUUAAACAGCAGGGGCCUCAUGUAUCAAUGCUGGCGGUGCCAGAAAACCUUGCGUUCGCCAAGAUCGGCGCAAACGUCCAGAUUUAUCAUCGCGACAUGAGCGUCGGUUCCAGCGCAAAUCCAAACAAAGUGAGGAGGUGGUGUAGAAGUUGGCGUUGAGCCGAUACUUGCGUUGACGGCACUUUGGCGAUGCUGUGUGGCGGUGUUUGGUGACUCACUAUGUGACAAGCGUUCACACAUCGCAGUGGACCUGCACCACAUCCCAGUGGCCGAACAGCACGUCGCCCCACAUGACGAACCAGCAGCAGACGGAGGGAUGCGAGCUGAUCCCUGCCGAGCCGCCGUCCUCGCGCGGGAGAAUCUCAUCGCCACAGUGUGAAUGGGUAAAAAGUGAAUACACAGUUCAAUGAGCCAAAUUAAUUUAUUUUCUCCACCAGACGCUCGAGGACAUUUCCGAGCCAGUCCAGCCGCUCGUUGAUCCCCGCGAUCCCCCUGAUGAUUUCUUCCUGCGAUUGCAGGACCGCAUCCGUGAGGACCUACCACUGCGUCCGGAUGGUCCAGCGGAAGCGCCGCGGCUGGUGGACGCUCCACCGCUUGCACCCUAUUUCAGUGGUCUCCAUAUGGCGGACCGCGGUCCACUGCCGGACCAGGAAAAGAGUCCAAUACGGACCCGAGCCUACCGCAGAAAAAUGUAUGGUUUUUUUCUCUCUUGUAGGCCUGCACGGUAUAUUGUUUGAGCAUCGUCAUCGCCGCGUACGUGUGUGCGAUAGUCACAUCACAGAAACUGCGAUGUCGGAGGUGAAUGAACUCAGUUAAUUUCAAGGGUAGCUGACUGAGAUACACUCCAUGUGACUCUACAUGUGCUGUGCAGCGAUCCACCAAUCACCUUUGUCCUUUACUCAGUUGCCAAUCAGACUCAGUUCUAAGUUGCCAAUCAGACUACCCUGCCAGCUGUCAAUCAAAAUCAGAGAGGAGGAAAACCCACCCCCGCACAUGUUCUGCACAUGGAGUUACUCGCUGGCUGCUGGUGUUGAGCCCAGAAACGCAAGCUGAGAAUUACUUUCGGAACUUUACUGACUGUUAAGCCCAACAAAUAAGAACUGUAUGGGUUUUAAAUGGUACAUUUCCGUGGACCACUCUACUAUAAGCGGUGCGCGUUUUGCGAGGUGCAUGCAAUUCUCGGAGGACAUGCGUUUCUCGGCACAACACCGCUAACAACAACAACAACAAUUGCAAAAUGAGCAACGAAAAAUGAGCAACGAACAAGAGAAAACCACGGAAAAUGAAGAUUUGUUGCCAAGAAGAAAAGGAAAGUCAGUUGUCUGGAAUUAUUUCGGUCAAAAGAAGGAUGAUGUCGACCAAAACACGUGUUCUGUGUUCAUUUGUCGCCACAAUAACGCCCCAGCACAAUAAAAGCUAAAAAUAUCUCUGAGACAGACAGAAGCCAUUCUAACAUUCACAAAAAGAGGUAAGAUCAGAGCAGGUUAACUGUCCUCAAGAUUUCAGCUGUGCAGCAUAACAUUAAAUGCUAUUCAGUGUUGUUUUCGUCAGGCAGGACAAAAACUUAAAUGACGACGUCAGACCCCUUUUUUCCUUGACGAAAAUGAGACUAAGACGAACGUCACCAAAGCUCUGUAAAGACUGAAAUGUGACGAAAAUUAUAUUCAUUUUCGUCAGACGAGAACGAGACGAGACUAAAUUGUUAUUAGGUGGACGAACAAAGUUUCAAAACAUGCUUUUUUUUGUCCUAACAGUCACGCCCCCAUCACAAACGCACCAAAAGCCUCGCUCGCGCACAGCUGCGCGCACACACUCAUACACAUACACAGAGCGGCAGGUGGACGAGGCACGCACACACACACCGUGGCGGCAGGCACAGCAGCGGUGCCCGGUGGCCGAAAAAAGAGGGAUGAUUUUUGGUCCUACUUCAGAUACAGUCCAAGUGACAAUAAAACACAAUGUCUUGUACGGGGACGGGGAGACGAGACAGACGACAGUUGUGGAGCCACAGCUUCCUCAUGCUGCGGUUUCAAACUGUCGGGAAAGAACACCACGAACCUCAAAAGGCACCUUUUCAUCGACUAAAACUAGACUAAAACCUUUUGAGUUUUCGUCGGACUAAAACUAGACGAAAACUAUCAAGGAUAGAAAUGACUAAAAUGGGACUAAAACAAAGAAGCAUUUCGUCAAAAUGACUAAGACUAAAACUAAAUCUAAAAUGCCUGCCAAAAACAACACUGAUGCUAUUCAGGUCAUCUGGUGAAAAAUCCUAUAUUUUUAAUAUGGCAAUAUACAUCGCAGGGUUGAAAAAAAUCACAAUGUUAGUUUUUUCCAAUAUCGUGCAGCCUUACUCUUUUGCUUUGUGUCUGGUUCAGUAAACUGCACAUGCAAUUUCAGCAAGGCAUUACAUCACUUGCUUACUCGCUAAAAGCAAAGCUCACCGAUCUUGAGAGCCGCAGCCGCAGAGACAACAUUAGAAUAACUGGCCUGCCAGAGUCAAUUGAAGGGCCCAGACCAACAAGUUUCUUUGCGAUCUCCUGGUUGAAGUACUCGGUGACCAGACCCUUCAGUCCACCCCUGAGCUGGACCGGGCCCACAGUACCCUGACUGCUAAACCGCUGCCUGGCUCACGACUCAGACCGGUCAUAAUUCGCCUCUACCGCUUCCAGACCAAGGAGAUGAUUAUCCGAGAGGCCCGCAAGAGACGAGGGACCAGUACCAGGGGAUGCCGAUCCAGAUCUUUGAGGAUUACACGAUGGAGGUCACUGAGGAGCAAGCUAAAAACCGAACUGUAAUGGCUGAACUCUAUAAAUUAGCACUCCGACCAGCACUUCUCUUCCCUGCCCGGCUUCACAUCACCCUGGAGAAUAGGACAAAGAAGAGACUGUCAUCCCCAGAGAAAGCUACUACCUUUGUGGCUAAAUACCAAACAAGCCCCAAGGCCUGAUUAACAGGAUAAUAAGCUAAGACGCGGCUAAUAGUAGCCAUUGGAACAUAACUUUCUAAGCUACAACCUCAGCGAUAAGACUUCUCAACAAGAAAGUGCCUCGUAAAUCGAGGUAAUCACCCUCUUACAAGGAUGCAAGGUUUUGUAGUUCGUUUGACUAAAAUGGUUAAAAUUACACAUUAAACGUCAGCGGGUGCUAGCCUGCUGUUUUACUAUCUGACUGCUACAUGAAGCUAAUAGCAGUGGCGGCUGGUGAGAAAAACAGUAGGUGGGGCGGAAAGUUUGGAGACCAGAGCCCUGUAGGGGGGUACAGGGGUAUCCUUCCCCGGGAGAUUUUUUUGGCUCUCACAUGUAAAUUAAGCAUUCUGGUGCAUUCUGAGAAAAUAAUUAAGGCAACAUACAAUCUUGACCUACAAAGACAAAUUGCCUGGGGAAAGUGUAUUUCAAUUUAUUAAUAGGGCAUUAUAGCCGACACACAGCCAACUUACAUUCAGUGUAAUCCUAUGAUAUAGAAACUGACAGUAGCAUACUCGUGGGCAUUCACCUGCAUCUCAACAGGUUGGCUACAGCAAAGGAGCACACAAAGACAACAGCAGACAAAUAGUACAGAGCAGACCCACAUUUACAACAAAUCAGGCUGCAGCCACAGGAAAACAACACAAACAUUUACCUCAAAUACAUAACAUUUUUUUUACAUUCGAUAUUUCGGUGGAACUGAAUUAAAACAGGGUGAACAAAUACAGGGUUCCCACUCUUUUCUAGAAAUCAUUUUUCAGGACUUUUCCUGGACGUUUUCAUCCUGCCUUGACUCAUUAAGACCUGAACCCUGUCUGAGACACGCCUCUGAAAUCUUGAGGCCAAAUUUGAGAGGGGCCCCCAGAUCCUUUUGGAAGCGAUUGUGACUCAUAUCUCAAACUCAAAAGCAUUAGAAGAAAUGCUUUUUCAUUUCAAAGUCAUGGCUGCAAUAUUUGACUCAAAAAUAAAAAGCAAUAUUCCAAAAUGCAUUUUCAUUUUCUUCUUCAAGACUGCUCAUUCUGUGACUAAAUUGAAAAGAAAAACCAAACUCAGAAAUGCUUUUUCGUUUUCGUGCUCGCCCCGCAAAAAGUGUCUCAUAAUUCAAUCUUUGUUUGCAAUCUCAAGUGGCGCCGGAAAGUGACGUCACGAACCCCACUCGUUCUGGCCCCUUUUGGCUGAUAGGGGGCAGUGAAUCCGUGUAUCAUUGAAUGAAAUCAAACCACAGAUCGUGGCUAUCUGUUUUAGCGGACUAACAGACUUUAUGCUCCUCAUUGUUCUCAUCACUGAUCGGUGGAUUUGGGAUAUUUUGCAAAUAAAGGGCCAUAAACACAGUGAGAAACAGACAAAAUGGUCAUAGAGAUGCCUUAAAAAUACAUGGCACAGAGGCAGAAUCACUGCAGUCUCUGUCCGUGUUAACCGGUGACUGUAUGCAGAUGUCAGGUGUGCUGGUCCUUUUACUCACUCACUUACAGCAUGGAGACGUGGACUCUCCACAUUUAGUCCACGCCGAGUACAAGUAAGAAACUUGUUGGUCUGGGCCCUUCAAUUGACUCUGGCAGGCCAGUUAUUCUUAUGUUGUCUCUGCGGCUGCGGCUCUCAAGAUCGGUGAGCUUCGCUUUUAGCUUGGCGUUACUGUCUGCUAAUGCUGAACACCGCUUCUCGAGUACUUGGAUCCACUGGUCCUGCAGCUCGGCGUUGGAUUCCAGUGAAUCCAUUCGUUGACCAUGCUCCAUCACUGUUUCCUGGAUUUUGUCAAAUCAAUUCCAAAGCGACAAAUGCUGUUCUGAAGUCGGCUGUGAUGCUAGCUCUAUGGUCUUCUAACAGGCUAGUGAUGCUAACAAGCGAGGUGUUAUCAUUGGUCGCUGACGCUGUAGCGUAGGCUUCUGUUUUUUUCUACGCUUUUGUUGCUUUUAGAAAAUAGAUACUUUUUAGAGUAGUUGCUACAGGAGCUGGAGGACACGCUUCCUUCACGUUACCCCAACCGGAAAUCCCAAUGGGAAACACUCUUGAUUACAGAAAGCUUUUCUUCAAAGACCCAAGCAGGCAGGGGAAAUGGCCCUCCCUUAUUUCCAUUACCAUAACUGAGCAGCAAAUAUUAGGUGUUUGUUAUACUGGGGGCCUUUCCAUCUUGAACCCUAUCCCCAGCUUGGAUGACAAUGGAGGUCUGUGCUUGUUACCCUAUUACCUUAGCUACCCUCUUAAGUGCUGCAGUUCCACUUGCUUUGGAUAUCCCAAAGAGCCAACCAGGAGUUAAACAUUCCUUGCUAAUUUGGGAUGUAUUGCUAGCUUAUCUCAACUUCCAGAAACUUGUGGCAUUGACAGCCAUGACUUUCAAAUGAAAAAGCAUUUCUGCUACUGCUUUUGAAUUUGAGAUAUGAGUCACAAUCACUUCCAUAGAUCCUGAGGCUUUCUGAAGUAUUGAGGUUUACAAAAAAGCUGAUAUCUCAGCGUCUGUAGCAGAUAGAAACAAAAUUCAAAAAAUAUUUGAGUGCUUACACAUGUGGCUUUCAAGAUAACUAUCUCUUAUGUUUCUGAAACUUCAUUACAUUUUUGAAAACCUUGAACAAACAAACUCAAAUGAAAUAAAGCGGUUGUAUAAAUAAAGGUUAAGACUUUGCACUGGAGAAUAACAAACUGUUUGCUUUCUUUAAAACAAGUGGCAGUCAUGAUAAAGUGGACGUUCAAAACAAAUGUAAAGUGUUGAAAGGGUAUACAGCUGCCCUAGUAUAGUGCCACUACAAAAGCAGCACUAAAAAAUAAAAAAUAAAAAAAUAAGUGGCUUACAGUGUGUUCAUAUCUGUGCUCACCCAAAGUCAUGCAACACUCACAGAAAACGCCGAUAGUGUGAGUCUAAGACCUCAGUAUGAAGAGGUUGUUCACACUGCUGGACACUUUCCCUCUGAAGCUGUUCUCUGCCUCCAUCAUUGUUUACUUUCCUCACGAAGCACGUAGCAAGAUCCGAGCAUGAAUCCGAGCGCUUUAUUCACCUAUCAGAGGCAGACGGGUAUGAUAAUUUGAUUCACCACUACUCCAGAAAUGAUUAAAAAAAACUACAGAAUGUUACAAAAUGACAUCUGCGCUCCCGCCUUAAAGGGUAGAAAUGCUCAGCAGCGCAACUGGCUUGUAGGUUGAAAUGCGUUCACACUUCUCCCGGCUUGAAGGGUUGAAAUGCCUACAUGUACCCAGCUUUCUGAGUAGAAAUGCACAGCCGCGCUCCUGGCUUGGAAGGCUGAAAUGUGUACAUGCUGUCCCGGUUUAAAUGGGUUAAAAGUUAUUGAUUUCUAACAUUGUGGCAUAAACAUUGUCUGUUAGCUUUCUUUUUAGUCUGGCUUUCAUGUAAUGUCUCACAUUUGCUGUUCCACAUCCUGUCAGCCAUGGCUUGGGCUCAAAACUCCUGCAAAAACUCCAGUUGUAGGAUUAAUUUUUCUCCUUGGUCUGCUGGCUUAUGACAAGGUCAGGCUUGUUACCUGGAUUUUCUCCUCCGUUGUCCGUCUAGCAAAUGGAUAGACCAAUAACGAUCGCACCGAAUUCGGUGGAAGCUGCGCCUUGCUUGUUAAGUUCGCCAUCACCGUAACUACUGCGCUUGCUUAAUUGAGUGCGCACACAGGCUUCUCUUCUUCAUUAACCAGCCCCUAAAAAUCUCGCGACCCUUUUUGCCACAAGAGCAAUAUUUUCAGCGCCCCAAGACCAUAAAUUUCUGCUAUGCUGAUUGGCCAAAUAAUUAUUUAUGUUACCUGGCAUCUGUACACAAUUGGUUAUUUCGUCACAGAGCUGGGGUGAUCUGACCGAGCACCCGGUGAAGAAUCUAUACAAUUCUGUUAGCGGAAAUUCAAUGGUAAAUGAAUAAUAGCAAAGCGUGGAAAAUGUAGUUUGAAUGAUAAGUAUUGCAAGUGGCCCCACAAUAGUUAGUAAAAACAUCUUUAUUGUAAAAAUAUAUUUUUAGAAACAUUUUUCUCCCCUUACUUUUUCAGGUAGGGCGGCGCCCCAGCGCCCCCUAUGGGCUGGCCGCCACUGGCUAAUAUCUAUGCUAGCUUGGCUCGUCAGUCGUUAAGCUGGGCUACCCACGUAAAAUGAGAUGCGAUAAAUUGUACUGAUACUCCAAUAUCAAGCCCCACCUUAAACUUUAAGCUGUAUUUUAAUGGUGAAAUGAAGUGUUUUUUAUAAAAUUUGUUACUGAAAUUCAGUCAAAUUGAGUUGAAGUUUACUUGAGCUUAGUAAUUGUUGCUAUGACAUGUUCUUACUAAAUGUACAUUUAAAUUGGUGCUAUAGUAUGAUAUGCUUGCCUCAUUUUCACCCAAUUUAAGUUAAAAGGAGCUAAAGCACACUCAUAACUGUUAAUGAGUUCAGUAGUUCACUGAGCAUUUAAAUAGGCAGUUACAGUUAUGAAGUAUUACCAUCUUUUUUAUACUAUUCUUUAUAUUUGACACUGGAACACAUUUGUAUCCUUUCAUAUUGUGUAACAUCUGGGGAAAACAUGUUCAAGGUCCAUAUAUAUUUAUUAUAAUGGGGUUCUAACUUGGACAAAUAAGCCAAUGGAGCUGAGAGAGAGUAAGAAGAAAAGGAAAGACGACACAGAAAGGGAAAUUUGAAGGGGGUGGGGACUUGUGGGUUUCAAGUUCAAGUUCAAGUUCAAGUUUCUUUAAUCGCCACACGGCUAGGCCGGUGGAAUUUUUCAUAGUGCAGGUGGUAGCUGCAACAAUACACCACGUUAAUUUAAACAGACAUUAAACAAUUCACAGUGACAUGACAUAACAUAACAUGUGAAACGGGGUACCACAGGACAUAAAACACAGACUUCACACACGUCGACCAGAGGAGUUUAGCAGUCGUAUGGCAAGGGGGAAGAAGGAGUUACUGUAGCGCUUUGUUGAACCGCCCAGAGAUCCAAACCUUCUUCCCCAGGGGAGGAGCCGGAAAAGAUGGUGAGCUGGGUGCGGUGGGUCAUCAGUUAUUUAAUUUUGUUUAUGUUGAAUUUUAUGUUAUGAGCUUAUCCAGGUCAGAUUGUGUAUUUUUUGUACAAGUGGUUCUUUUUUACCUUCUGCUGCAUGCCUCUUGAGACAGAUGAGACUCUACUACUGUACACUAAUCCAUGGCUGGGGUGAUGACUAAGUGCUUGACUGGCAGACAGGCACUAAGGAUCAUCUCUCUGAACACCGGUGGGCUAAAUGCUUGUAAUGUAAUUAAACACACAAAAAUUAUGACACACAUCAAAAAUUUAAAUGCAGACAAUGUUUCUGCAAGAAACACACUUAUGCAACCUUGAUCAUAGAAAAUUAAGUAGACCUUGGAUUGAUCAAAUUGUUCAUUCACAAUUCAAUCUCGCAACCAGAGGUACAGCUAUUCUAAUUCAAAAAAAUGUUCACUAAAGAGAAGACAAUAUUAGACCCAAAUGGUCGAUAUGUUAUCGUCGUUGGUAUUCUAUAUGGAAAGCCUACAAUCACGGUGUCGGUUUGUGCUCCUAACUGGGACGACCAUAACUUUGUGAGCUUUGUGAACUGUGUAAUUGAUUCAGCUUUAGAUAGGUCUAACCCACGAUCAGCUACAGUCAUGAAAAUGUCUCAGGCCUUGUCCACUCUCAUGGAAGAAUAUGGAUUUGUGGACCCCUGGAGAUUUUCACACCCCUUCGUAAAACAGUAUUUAUUCUUUUCUCAUUCACAUUUUUCAUUCUUGCGCAUAGUUUAUUUUCUGAUAGAUAAAAAACUCAUCCCAGCAAUUAUUUCAACUCAGUAUCUUCCCAUAACAGUAUCAGAUCAUGUCACAGUAAUUUUAGACCUCUGCUUUAAUAUGAAGCCAGGGUUUAGAUGUUGGAGACUGAAUCCACUUUUACUUUUGGAAACUAGUUUUUGUAAAUACAUUUCUGAAGCGAUUACUUUCUUUUGUGAGACUAACAACAAUGGUGAAAACCUCCCGGCUAUAUUUUUGGAAGCUUUCAUGGCAUAUAUCAGGGGAAGGAUUAUCGCCUUCACGUCACAUGCGAACAAUUAACAGAGGUUACAACAAAAGGAACUUGAAGAAGCUAUUGCAAACCUAGAUUACUCUCUUUCAUCCUCAAACUCACCAGAUCUUUAUAAAGAAAGACUAAAACUUCAAACAGAACUCGAUCCCCUUCUUCCAUCUGAAAGUGAACAGCUUCUCCUACGCUCGUGAGGACUGGUUUAUGAACAUGGGGACAAGGCUGGACACCUUCUGGCUCACCAGCUAAAGGCGAAAAUGGCAUCAAAUCUAAUUACCCAGAUAACGGAUGAAUCAGGCACAAUAACAUCUGACCCAGACAAAAUAAAUGACACCUUUAAAUCUUUCUUCUCUCAACUUUAUACCUCGGAAUCUCUUAAUGAUGAAGAUCAGUUAAAGGUAGAGAUUUGAAGAUAACCAAAGACUUGAUAAAAUCUUUACGCUCUCUGAGAUUAAAGAAGCGAUACAGUCUAUAAAUAGCGGUAAAUCCCCAGGCCCUGACGGACACCCAGUCGAAUUUUAUAAGCGAUUCUUAGAUUAAUUAACACCCCUUCCGCUUGAAAUGUUCAAUUAUGCUUAUGAACAGGGCACCCCACCACCUACACUUAUGCAGGCCUCUAUUUCCUUGAUCUUUAUAAAAGACAAGGACCCACUAAGUGCUCAUCGUACCACCCUAUAUCACUCCUCCCGGUUGACGUUAAAAUACUAGCAGAAUGUUAGCGCGGCGACUAGAAUCCAUCCUGCCCCUGAUUAUUGCAGAGGAUCAGACCGGGUUUAUACGUGGAAGACACUCGUUCUCCAAUAUAAGAAGGCUUUUCAACAUAAUACACACACCGGCUUCCCCAGGAAACCCCAGAGAUAAUUAUAUCACUCGGCGCAGAAAAAGCAUUCGACCGGGUGGAGUGGGCUUACCUUUUCUUUUCCCUGCAACAAUUCUGUUUCAGUGCUAAAUUAAGUCAUGGGUCAAAUUGCUCUAUUCCUCCCCAUAUGCCUCAGUGUGCAAAAAUAACCAGCGGUCAGCCCUGUUUCGUCUCUUUCCGGGUACACGAUAGGGGUGCCCGUUGUCUCAGUUAUUAUUUACCCUAGCAAUUGAGCCCCUGUCGGUCACUUUGAAGAGAGAAACAGGGUUUAGGGGAAUUGAGAGGUGGGCUGAAGAACACCAGGUCUCAUUAUACGCCUACUAUGACCUACUUCUUUAUGUGAGAGAUCCCUUACUAUCCAUCCCAUGUAUUUUGACACUGCUAAAAACAUUUGGUAAUCUUUCUGGACAUAAACUAAACAUAUCUAAAAGUGAAUUCCUCCCAAUUAACCAGUUAGCCAUAAACCUACCACCAUCAUCAAUACCUUUUAAAAAUGCCAAUAUAGGAUUAAAUACCUUGGUGUAAUAAUCGCACGAUGCAUAAAAACAAUGCCGGAACAAAAUUGGUUUCAUUACCAGCAAAAGUGAAACUAGAUUUACAAAGAUGGAAUUAUCUACCUCUGUCAUUAGCAGGCAGGGUACAGGUCAUAAAAAUGAACAUAUUACCAAGAUUUUUAUAUAUUUUUCAGUGCCUGCCUAUAUUUCUUCCAAAAUCUUUUUAUAAUUCAAUAAAUGAUGUUAUCACCUCAAUCAUCAGGGCCGGUAAACGUCCAAGAGCAAAGCGAAUACUGCUCAGUAGGAACAGAUCAGAUGGUGGGUUUGGUUUACCAAACUUCAUGUGUUACUAUUGGGCAACCAGUGCUCAUAAAAUAAUGCUAUGGUUCACCUCACCUCAGUCCAACUGGUGUCGGAUGGAGUCAGCUUCUUGUUCCUCUUCUUUGCCUGCAUUAGCAUGUGGUGCCCUACCUUUCUCCCCAGCUAGUUUCACCUCUAACCCGGUUGUCACUGGUUUAAUAAAAAUCUGGACACAAAUAAGACGCCACUUUGGCUGGCUUACCCCCCUUCUAGCAACUCCUAUUGGCAAUAAUCAUUUAUUUAUUCCAGCAAAAAUCGACCCACAAUUCACAACUCUGGAAAAUAGGGGAUUACACAGUCUGGGAGACUUGUACAUUGACGGGCUAUUUGCAAGCUUUAACCAGUUAAUCAUUACCUUUAAUCUUCAUAGGUCAGACUUUUUCCAUUAUUUCCUGUUGUGUCACUUUGCCAAGUCUUAUGCUACAUCAUUCCCAAAUAUUCUGGCACCAAGUGGGGUAGAUCUUAUCCUGAAGGCCAAAAAUAUACCAAGGGGUCACAUCUCCUACCUCUACAAGCUACUGUCUCCUACCAAUGAAUCCACUUUAUUCAAAAUAAAAACAGGCUUGGAAUCAGAACUUCAGCUGAACCUUUCUGGGGCCUUUUGGGAGGGAACUUUGAGCACCAUUAAAGCGUCAUCCAGUUGUGCAAAGCUUUCUUUGAUACAAUUUAAGGUCCUUCAUAGGUUACACUACAGUAAGGAAAUUGCGUUGUGUUCUCCUCUCUCAUCGCUCGUAAGUGAAUCUUACCCAAUUUUCUUCCUGAUCUAAUUUUUUUUUUGCAAUUUCAGACAGUUUCUCUAGCCUUAUUCAGCAUGAAUGCAAUUUUAAUUUAUGAAGUACAUUCAUACUAUUUGUACUUCAACAAUUUUCACUUUCAUCCAACUUCUACUUCUUCUUCAGCCCUUUAACCAAUUUUACAUUACAACCUUCCUCAUUUUUUUUUAGCAGUUUUGUAUUGCUUUCUCAGCUAUCACCACUCAGCAUUUCCAUGCAUUUUCUGCUAGUAAAUGCAUUUUUUUUUAGUUAAGUGGAAAUGCUGAUUAAGCAUUUCCACUUAUUGUUAUUCUCCUGUUUCUUUAUUAAGUGGAAAUGCUAAAUCAACAUUUCCACUUAUUGAUAUUCCUGUCGGCCAUUUUUCUUUCUUAUUAUUAUUAUCAUAAGUGGAAAUGCUGAUUAAGCAUUUCCACUUAUUGUUAUUCCUGUCUGCCAUUUUUCUUCCAAUUAUUAUUAUUAUUUUUAUUGAGUGGGAUUGCGAAUUAUUCGCACUAUAUGUAAUUCAUAUCUUUAUUAUUCAACACUCUUCCGCCGUUUUUUGUGCCUCAACUACUUCCACAUACUUCAAAGUAUUCAAACCAUAGACUGUAUAUAGAAUGGACAGAGUCUGCCUCCUUGCUGGGUGAAGCCACUCCGAGAACAGCACCCUCUGUUGAUGGGCUGCAAUCUAGGUCAUAAAUCCCGCCUCCGCCAGCAAAGCUUAUGGAGCUGUGGACAAACUUUAGAAAUUUAUUACACAGAACAUAAAAUUUUCUCCCCCUGCUUGUGAUGUUGACAUGUAGUUAUUGUAAGACUGGUUUGUGCUCAAGUCCUCUUUUUUCUGUGAAACUGUGAAACUAUGAUUGACACCUGAUAGCCUAUGGGCGUUCAGUGAUUACGUAGCUCACCCGGGGGGAAACACUGUUUGAGCCAAGCGUCAUCACAGGUACUCUCUGCGACUGCGCGGCCGAAUGCGCGCAUCGCUACUGCGCAGCGUUGGUUUCAGGAAAUGAAGAAAAAUCCCGGAAAUAUCAAGAGCAUUUUGGCUUCGAAUCCGUAUACAGGCGGUAGGCGGAACGAAGUUGUCCAUAGUAUAUACAGUCUAUGAUUCAAACCAUUCAAACUUCAAAAUAUUCAUCUCAUUGAGGACAUUCAGGGGUGUAUUCAAAAUUUCCCGGUUUUCCGACAGAUUUCUCCCAUUAGAAAUGCAUUUCGGAAUGUUCAAAUUGGCCCUUUUCUCACACUUUCUUCACACAUCUUCAAAAGCCUUCAACUCCUCUAUACUUCCACGUGGACACUUCAUUCAAACUUUAAAAUAUUCACACACCUUCAGACAUUUACUCAUUAAUUCAUUCACCAUCUUCAUGGCAUUCAUACUUUUUCACAGUGACAGUUCAAAAAGGAGAUUUUCUGACCUCUUCAGGUUUUAACAUCAGUGUGUAUUGCAUGGAAUGUUGGCAGCUAGAGUGCGUGACCUCAUCGCUAGAGUGAGAGAGGCUGAAAAUUUAUCCUCAAAACUUUGUCUUUACAAAAGGAUUGUGGCAACUCACUUCACUCUACACAGAUAAUAUUUGGUAAAACUUGCUGUAAUAAUAAUAAUAAUAAUAUCUUACAUUUAUAUAGCGCCUUUCAGGAUACCCAAAGCGCUUAACAACACACUACAAAAAAAAAACUGACUAAAUACCAAAAGCCUGAAUAAACAAGUGUCGCUUCAGAGCAGACUUGAAAGAGUCAAGAGUCUGUGCUUGGCGAAUCUCAGAGGGGAGAGAGUUCCAGAGAGGAGGGGCGGCCACACUGAAGGCUCUGUCACCGAGGGAUCGCCUUUUCCCAUAGCGGACAGUAAGGAGCCCAAGGUCCGCAGACCGCAGAGUACGCGUCGGGAUGUAGUCCUUGAGUAGGUCAGACAGAUAGUAUGGGGCUAGGGCAUGGAGAGCUUUGUAGGUGAGCAGGAGGAGUUUGUUGAUGAUGCGAUAUUUGAUGGGAAGCCAGUGGAGGCGUUUGAGGGUGGGGGUGAUGUGCUGCCAAGGUUUGGUCCGGGUGAGCACUCUGGCAGCUGAAUUUUGAACGUACUGCAGACGGUCCAAGUCUUUUUUAGGAAGUCCGAACAGGACACCGUUGCAGUAGUCUAAGCGGGAGGAUACUCUUCAUCUAAAAAAUCAACGCUGUAGGACACACACAGUGGCCUGGGCAGACACCAACUGCCACAGACAUCCCCAAAAUUUCUCCAGCUUUCUCCAUUGACUUCAAUAGAAACCUUAGAGGAGAAUUUUUAAAGGAAACACAAACUGGACAUGUUUUUAACUUGUCUUAGUGAAGGCAUUUUUGGCUCCACAAACACAGAAGUUGUAUCAACGUGUUCAGCCGGGACUUGUGGUUCUCACAAGCUCUGUAUAAUUAAGAUAGCAGUUUCAGAGCAAGAGCAUUAGGGCGUUGUUUGGGUAUUGCUUUCUCAGCCUCAAGCCUCCUGUCUCCUGCUGUUGUGAUGCUGUCUACCGUCACCAUGGCUACCAAUUAGAGCACCUGGAGACACACAGCUGACUGGAAAGCUGCGUCUAACAGCUGUAUGAGACACAUGAAGCCAGGCUCAGUACACAGAGUACUGGAUGUUACAUUUAAAACCCUUCACUAAAGUUAUUUGACAAACUUUGGCUUCAGCAUACUUUUAUGCUGAAGUUAAUUAACUUGUCGACUGUUAAAGUUGUAUUCACUUUUUGAGUUUUCCCACAAUUUAGCUUUAAGCACCUCAUGAUUUUCAGCAAAUUUCAGGCUUAAUAAUGGGUGUGUAUUGGAAGAGCUAGAGUGGGGUGAUGAUGUCAUUGCUAGAGUGGAGAGCUCCUCUUGGAUCGACAAAACCUAGCUCGAAUAUAUCACUCCCACACCUAAAAAUUUCACUCAACAGCCAUAAAAAAUACAUCAAAAUGGAGGAAAAUAAGUCCUGCUUCUCACAAAAGAGGUUUCAAAUCAUCAAAUCGUACUCCUUGGCCAGCAGGUGACCAACUGUCCAAAAAGGCAGAGAUUCCUUCCAUUGACCAUAAUGUAAUCUUUCUCCCAGAAAAUCAUCACUCAGGCUAAGACCUGUUUAACUCGCUGUUGUGGCCACAUUUUUUCGAGUACAGACAUGAAAAACACAUCAUUGCGUUCAUGAAGGGCUCAGGAUUCCUACAAUGUUCUUAUUUUCAGUUCAGAGGCCCUAAAUUCCCUGCAAUUAGGCAGCUUCUCAUUCAAAUAGUAGUUCAGUUUGUGUCACAGGUGUUUGAUAUGCAUUGAUUAACGAGAUACUAACACACACACACACACUCUGACAAUGUGUGUGCGUGAGUGUCUCUCUGUCCAUGACACCUGCUGGUACGCACAGUAAAUAUGUAUGUGCGUUAGUCUCUCUUUGUCUAUGAGACCUACAUGCACACACUUUGACCAUGUGUCUGCUUCACCACCUAUCUCCACCCACAAUUUUUGAGCAACAGAAACCAUUCUGGGUUUCAGAAAUUCAGCUCAUUGAGGACAUUAAGGGGGUGCAUUUACGAUGUUUUUAAUUAAUUGUAUCAAUAUGUUCUUGCAAGUUCUCACAAGCUCCUGAUCAUGAAUAAAGCCAUUGUAGGGGAAGAGCACCAGGUAGUUGGAGUUGGAGAGCUGUUUCCUCAGCUUCAAGCUUCCUUUCUCCUGCUGUAGUGAUGCAUCUGCCUUCACCAUGGUUACCAAUCAGUGCACCUGGAGACGCACAGCUGACUGGAAAGCUGCUUCUAACGGCCAUAUGAGACACACGAAGCCAGGCUCAGCACACAGAGCACUGGGGGUUACUUUUAAAACCCUUCACGAGAGCACGACAAACUUCGGCCCCUAUCUCCUCCAACAAACUUUUACCUACAGAAACCAUUCAGGGCUUCAAAAAUUCAGCUCAUUGAGGACAUUAUGGGGUUUAUUCAGGAAAUCUAUUCAUUUCAAUUUUUCCCAUUUUAAAAUCACUCAGUGAUAAUGCAUUAUUUUAUUCUUCAAACAAAUUUUAACUCAUUUAAACUGAUUCAAUCAUUUCUGAUACUUCAAAACCUUCUUAUACUUGAGGAUUUUUACUUAAUAAAAUUUUCCCUGUUUUAAUUAGUUUUAAUAUUCAUGCAUUAUUCCAUCCUCCAAACAAAAUCCCACUUCGACUACAACUACUGCUAAUAUCAAUUGAACUAGUACUUUGACUUCUACUUCAACUACUAUUGCUACUACUUCUACUUUCUCUUCUGCUACUACUACUUGUACUCCUAGCUCUACUACUUUGACUUAUACUUCUAUUUUUAAACUACUUCUACUGCUUACAUGACUACUAAUAUCACUACUAUGACUACUUAUCAUCCUACUCCAAGUAGCAUAAACUUAUGCCGCUUCUCACUUUCCUGCCUUUUAAGGAAAUUUCCUUCUUCAUUCAAACUUUUCAGCCUCUUUCAGCAUGAAUUAAAUUUCAAUUUAUGGAGCAUAUUCAUACUAUUUGUCCUUUAACCAUUCUAACAAUUGUUCAACUUAUAUUUCUUUUUCACCCCUUAAACAGCUUUUACAUUUAUACCUUCCUCCAUUUUUUAUCAGCAGUUUAGCAUUGCUUUUUCAGCUUUCAGCACUGAGUAUUUCCACGCAUUUUCUGCAAGGAAAUGCAAUUUUUCUAGUAUUUUAUUUACUGUCUGUUUUGUAAGUGUGUUGUCUAUUUUCUAAAUGUCAUCUGGCUGGAUCGGAGAUUUGGGGGUUGGGGGUGGGGGAUGGGUGUUCUUGUACCUCUCUGAAGAGGAACUGAAAACUUGCCUCUCAUAAAUAAAAGUUAUAAACAAAAAAAAAGAGUGUUUACCUUUCCAAAUAUAGGAUACAUUAAUGAGUCAAGGGCUCUAAAAAGGAUUUGGGGAUGAGAAUUCAAAUGAAUAGAGGAACUUUGAAAGCAAUGUUAUUUUAAUUUCAUUAAAUUUUUUAAUUCCCCAGUGGCACAAAUUCCAAGGUAAUUAAAGUGCUCCUGUACCACCUUUAAUGGGAGAUCUGUAUAGUUAAAGUUAAGAGUUUCUUUAUUAAUUGGAAAUAGUUUGCUUUUAUUUAAGUUGAGUUUAAAUCCCGAAAAUUGACUGAAAUUCUCUAAAACAUUGAAGGCUUCCAGUAAAGAAGUGGCUGGUUUUAAAACUAACAAAGCAGGUCAUUUGCAAACAAUGAUCAUAAUGUUUGACUCCUUUCCUACAUAUUCCCUGUACCCAUCCACUGCUAUGCAAGGCUGCUCACUGCUAUCCAAGAGGCUCAACGGCAACUGUGAAAAGGAGUGGACUUAGUGGGCAACCCUGCUGGGUCCCACAGUGGUCAGAACUGAGGCUGAUGGACAUUUAAACAAUUUUCUUAUCCAGGAUAAAAAGACAGGAUGGAAACCAAAUUUUUCAAGUGUCAAAAAUCAAUAGUUCCACUCUCCUCUGCUGAAUGCUUUCUGAGCACCCAUGGAGGCAAGGCACUCCGAAUCUACAUGUUUUGAGGAAUAUAGGAUGUUAAAUAGCCAACAAAUAUUGUAAAUCCUUCUCAUUUGCACUAAGAUAAGAUAAGAUAAGAUAAGAUAAGCUGAGAUUUCUCCCUGGGGGAUGGGCACAUCAAGGUUAUUUUUUAGGUCUUGAGAAAGGGACGGUAAGUCAUGGUUAUUAAAUAGGUUUUCCAUAAUAUUAAAGCCUGUUCAACAUUCUGAGGAGUAUACAUUUUUUAGAAAUAAAUUUUAGUAAAAGGUUCUAAACUUGUCAUUAAUCUCUUUCUGGUCAGACGUUAUAUAUCCAUUAUCAGUCUGUACCCCAGUUACAGUUACAUUUACUUCGGUAAAUGACUUUCAACUUGGUGAAAGAAAAGAAGGCUAAAUUCAGCCUAAAGUUUCAAUCUCUCCUUGUACAGCUCAGGAGAAGGCGAAUUUGCAUGUAAUUUAUCUAUGUUUAAAACUUGAUCAGCAAUGGCAGUCUUUUUCUGCUUUGAGCACUUCUUUUUAUAUCUCAUGUAUGAUAUGAUUUCUCCUCUUAAAUACACUUUCACAGCUUCCCAAAUUAUUUCAUUAGACACAUCAUGUUUUCGAUUAAUGCUUAAAAAAUUUUGAUAUGUGUAGAGAUGUGUAAGAGAAACCUCAGGGUUUAUUUCUCUAUUUCCAACCCUCCAGCUUUGCCAUCACCUUUGCACCAUCACAGCAACCACAAAAACACCUCCAGAUGUCCUCACCUUACCUUUUUAUGCAAUGUCUUGUACAUCAUACCAUGCCAAACAAAAUCUUCUUAUUUCAUGUAUAUUAUUUUGUUUUAUAUUAUACCUCAAUAUCAAGUCACACCAUAACUUAAUAGUGAGGUACGGCAUGAAAUUGUACCAUAUCUGCGUUAUAAAUGCAUUAAGAUACCAUGCCAUGAAUAUUAGUGAUAUACGUGACCAAAAAAAAAAAACAGUUGGCAGUGUCAGUUUUUUUUUUUUUUUUUUUUUUUUUUUUUGGGAAUGAGAGUGGAAAGAGUGAUUACUCCAACAUAACUGGCUCUCACACAGAGCUAGUAUUUAGUGUCUCUUCCAGGCAUUCAGAUUUGCUGUAAUUGAAGCAAAGGACACAUUGUUUGUUCUGCCAUAUACUGCCUCUUAGUCACCUUCCUUUCUGACAGGGGACAAUACAAGGCAAGUCAAGCAUGUCCAGUAUCUUGGAGGAACACAGCAUCUCUUGUAUGCUUGGCAGCUUUUAGCCUUUUGAUGACAAUAAAGAUGUUGUCACCCUCCUUCAGUGUUUUUGUUAAAUGUCGGGCUGAUGAUUGCAUAUCACAGGAAUCUGUGCUGAAUUUGUACAAAUGCUUUAUGUUUAUUGUUUAUGUCUUUUUUCACAGUGUUAGUCUCCAAGUGAGGACUCUGAAUAAUAUCAGAGCGUGUUAUAAUAUUAUCAGACUGUCCCACCUGACACCAUCACAGAUAGUCUAAACAUAUGCGUCAUACCUGCUCUGGUGACCAUAGCAACAACUUAAUUACCUGACCACUGAGUCCCCAUGUGUUAUUCUUGUACAUAAUCUUCUCCCUCACUGAGAAAAGAUCCACAGUCCUGUGCAGCUUCAUACAUUUACCUCAUAGAUCUCACCACUUUAGAGAGAGGCCUUAUAAUAUAAAUAAUGAAUAUCAGCUCCAAACGAGGCUGCUCAUGUCCUGAAAAUUUGUGUUGACACAGAAAACUUUUUUCUCUCUUUGUCCUUUCAGAAUAGGAUACCAGCUCCCUAUCUUUGCUGGCUUUUGUAUUAUGUUCCUCUCUACGAUCAGUAAGUUCCAGCCAGCACAUCUUCAUUAUGAGAACACCAGAUAAUGAACACCAUAUCUGAUUUUGUAUUUUCUGUAUUUUUGCUGUUCUCACUGUUGUAAAGUGUUUGCCUUCUCAUCGAGCUACGCUCUGCUGUUUCUGGCCAGAUCACUCCAAGGUGUGGGCUCCUCCUGCUCCUCUGUGGCUGGUGAGACCUCAUGUUUCUCAUUGUUACUGACUGUCUGUGAGUCUGUAUAUUAUUUCACCAAAUAUACUGAGAGAACUUGAGAUAUUUGUGCAGAGUUUUGGUUCUUGUGUUUUUUUAGCUUGUUAUUUUUUGAUCAGCUAUGUUGGCUGAGCUGUUUUUGGCUGAAAUGAUGUCAAACUGGACUCUGGAGAGUAAACUUUUUUGUGGGGAUUGUGAUUUUUUGUCACAUGGGCACAUGGAACAGCAGAUCUGAAGUAAAGGGGCCUAACUUCAUUGCAUAUUAUUCCUGUGAAUAUGUGAUAUACUUCAACAUUGUACAAUGACAAUCUCCUUUGUCAAAUGUCUGCAUUCAAAUGUGUAAAUGUUAUAUUCCUGAUGUUUUCAGGCAUGGGUAUGCUUGCAAGUGUGUAUACAGAUGAUGAAGAGAGAGGACAUGCCAUUGGAAUAGCACUGGGAGGUCUGGCUUUAGGAGUGUUAGGUAUGUAUAAGCCCAAGGGACGUCUUCAGCUUUGACUUCUGUAGGUAUACAAAUGUUGAAUAAGGUUUUAGGAAGUUGGAUCAGACAACAGAAUUCAAAUAUAAACCUGCUUCAUUUGGGAAAAACAUAUCCAUUCGUGCUGCAGUUAGUUUGUUAUUUCACUAUUAAAACGCAAAUUUGAUGGGUUAAGACACAUUGGAAAGCGAGCUUUUUCAUGCAAUCUUUCCAAAGCAGUCUAAUACCUAAAGGGUUCACAUUAUGCAAAAUUGUUUUUUAGAAUGGUUUUUUAACAGUAAUACAGACCCCUAGCCUGUCUACAACUAUCGCUGGUAUCGAAGUGCAAACCACGGCCCCCUCUUUCAGAGAGACAGGGAGAGGCAUGGCUUGCGCUGAAGGAGUCAUGGACAGGUGCAGCACACAGAAACAGUGUGUUCUUGGUUGAGCUUACUAGAGAGGCUGGCUGAAGUCCAGGUAAAAAUGGGUGUUUAGACAACAAACUUUGUAUUGAUUGUUCUGGGACCUCUGAGACCCAUGUGAACCUGCUGAAAAGGAGUAUAAUAUGGGACCUUUAAAGUUCUGUCAAAAGUUCACAUUCAAACAUCUCACCCACAGUUGGACCUCCGUUCGGCAGUGUGAUGUACGAGUUUGUUGGAAAGACGGCGCCGUUCCUCAUUCUGGCUUUCCUCGCUGUGUUUGAUGGAGGUACACGCACUGUUCUCAAAGACAGAAAAUAAGAUAAGAUAUAACACCGGGGUUCAACCUUUUAAAACAGAAGCAUCAAUUUAGAAAAGAAGACUGAUUACUGACAGUAUCAGAGGCUUAUGUUUGGUGGAUUCUCUGUGUUUCCAGCUCUGCAGCUCUUUGUUCUUCAGCCCACCAAGGUGGAGCCAGAGGUAAGUGUGUUUAUCUUCAGGAGGAACUUCCUGUUGGUUAUUUGACUUCACUGAGACAACCCUCAUAGCUGGGGAGCAUUCAAAAGGUCUGUUAUGGUUUUGAUAAAAAGAAAAAUUAGACUGUAAAUAAAAGGUGAAGAUGAUGGGAUUAAACCAUCAGGUUAGUGCUAUGUGUAUAAAUUUACUGUAGUUGUCUAUGAAGUCAGGGGUCGGGGCUCACUGAGGAUCACUGUUAGAAAACAGGCAAUGAGCCUUAAAAUCUCCUGAAAGAAGCAUUAGCAGAGCUCCUCCAACAUCACAUCAAAUCACAUCACAUCACAACACAUCACAUCACAUCACAGAAAAGAGGCUUCACACUGUCCAAAAGGGCUGUGUAUACAUAUCCUGACACUGGGCUGACAUUCAGAUGUAAUGUGUUAUAUUAGCAGGGUGAUAUAUUAUCAAAGUUCCCUUCUUAGAAAAACUGUCAUGAACAAAAACAGUUUCUUUUUUGAAUGUUUCCCACUGAAGACAACCUGCAGGAGAUGCUGUCAAAAUUUGAUGAUAUAUCCCCAUUUCAGGUUGUUACUUCCUGGUUAUCUCCCAGCUGAUGUACUAUGUCAAAUAUAACAAAGUCACUUUUUUAGCCCUGUACCUUUGGCACAGGUACAAGGUUUGGCUCAUUUGGUUUGUUGUUACAUGAUGUUUAUUUGUUUAUUUGUUUUGAAGGAAGCCCUUGACUUCCAUUUUUUGUUUAUGGCACAUUUUAAAAUGCAAUGAAACACAACAACAGUGACAAUAAUGGACAAACAAUAACAAUGGGCAAUUCAAUUUUAAAAAGCAUGCUAGAGAAAUCCCCCAAAACCCUAAAGGUGGUUGAAGAGGAGGGCAUCCAGAAUAUACCAGUUAAACUUUUACUAAAGAAAAAAAAAAAAGCAUCAAGACAGAAGGACGACAAGGCACCAAAAACAGAAGCAGAGCAAAAGCAGCAACAAAUGAUGGAUUAUUCACAUAGUUGUAAUUUUUGACAGAAUUUUUUAAUGACUUUUGGGAAAGUUUGAUUAAGUGAGAAGGGAAUGAAAUUCCAUAUCAUGAGACCUCUAGAUGCUAUACUAAAUUGUGAUGAGGUGUUAUGUGAUGGGGGGGGGGGGGGGCUGGAGAGCUGUUGGGUACCCAGUCGAUAGUGCAUAGCAAGAAAGUCACUGGUUCGAUCCCUGAGUCAGGCAGGUCCUUUCUGUGUGUGGUUUGCAUGUUCUUCCCAUGCAUGCGUGGGCUUUUUUUUAGAUAUGAACUCUGUUUUAUCGAUACAGUCAGUCUGGGAGGCUUUCAGAGUUAUAUGCAGAGGUUGGUAUCAGUUGUGGCAUGGCUAAACAGAGAGAAGGAAGUCAAAGAAAAAUAAACUCAUGCUAGUACUGAAGAACUUGGAAAUGCAGCAUAUGAGAGAUCCCAAUAAUCAGAAAGAAAAGACCAUGGUGUUAAUGACAAGAAAAAAAUUACAAUCAAUCAUACAAGAAAAAACUUCUACUGUAUCAUGUAGUCUAAGGAAAAAGCAUUUGGGUCAUUCCAUGUCAAUUCAACCAAGAAUCUCCACUCACGUCACAGAUUUUGAUGAAAUUUGAUGGAGUGAUUGGCCUUCAGGAGAAACUGUCAGAUCUCAAAUAUUUUUGUUCAAAGCCAUCUAAUUAGUGAGAAAAAAACGAAUUUUUGCCUAAUUAGCAUGACGCGUUACAAGUAGAAGUAUGGCACCUAGAGAGCUGAUUCAGGUGUCAUUUUAAAGCUCUCUUCAAGUCCUAUCUUUUUGUUCAUAACAUUUUUUCCCAAAUUGGACCAGAAAAAAAUUAUAAAAGACCAAAAACUUAAAUUGGAAAUAGCAAAAAACGCUCUUUCUCAAAGAUUUGCUUGUACUGAAAGCCAGAAGACCUAGACGACUGGGGAACCAUCUUUCCUUACACUGAUAAUAUCAAACUCUUUGCAGUUCAUAUAUUCUUUCCUAUUUGGAAACAAACUAACAAUAUCGAAAAGCUGCACAAAGCUUGAUCACCAUGCUAAAAGUACUUUUGAAGUAUAAAGGAAACGUUGAAAGGGCGCAGGAUAAUUAACCUGGAAUACUUCACAGGGAAACCAGCAACAAAAUUUCAGGGUGCAUAGGUAGAAGUUAUUUGUCAACCCUAGGAUCCAGGACAUGCAGGUAUGUCCAAAUGAUUCUCCCAUGAAGCUAAGAUCAUUCAUAUUCUGGAUAUAGGUGCAAAUACAAAUAAAAUGCAAUGGAAAACUGAGCAAAAAUAAGCUUUUCUAGCCAUUUUUCAUAUAAAUAUGGGAUAACAUACAAAUGAAAACACUACAAAAAAGCAUUUUGCACUAUGAGGAGGUAAUAUUUUACACAAGCAGGCAAGUGGGGCUGACUCCAGAUGAGGUCAGGACUGUAUAAUGUGCCAAAUAUAGCGAUUUUUGACCUAAUGUACCACGCAUUUUGACUGAUUACUCAAAAAGUUAUGGAAUGCCCAUCCUGAAACUUGCAGGGAUGCUAGUGGACAUGAUAGUCUUUCUUUAGUGUGAAUAUGAAGAAAAUUGAAGGACGCGCGUUUUUUGCUAUUUCCAAUUUAAGUUUUUGGUCUUCUAUAACUUUUGUUUCUGGUCAAAUUAGGGAAAAAAUAUUACGAACAGAAAGAUAGGACUUGAAGAGAGCUUUAAAAUGACACCUGAAUAUAUUUCCAGAGGUAUGAACACUUGUAACGCAUGUCAUGCUAAUUAGCCAAAAAUUCAUUAGCCCCUAUCUCACUAAUUAGAUGGCUUUGAACUAAAAUAUUUGAGCUCUGAGUUUCUCCUGAAGGCCAAUCACUCCACCAAAUUUCAUCAAAAUCUGUGACGUGAGUGGAGAUUCUUGGUUGAAUUGACAUGGAAUGACCCAUUUUGAAUCUGGUGCUAAAGCUGGCAAAAUGCUUAAACUCAGAUUAAACCAAAUAUAGAGCAACUUAUCUAUAACUGCCAUUUAUUAUCACAGUGGACCCAUGGUAUGCAAGCGGCAAGACAUAAAUCUGGCAUUUCAGAAACAUUACUCAAAGCUGUAUGAUUCAGAAUGUAACUAUAAUCCCUAUAUUAUUCAUGACUACCUAAAAAAUAAACCUCUCCCUCAGCUGAAAGAAGAUGAUAGGACAUUUUUGAAGAUAGAUGCCUAGGAACUCAAGGAGAUCAAGGCAGCUAUCAAAGCUCUCACUGCUGGCAAAGCACCAGGGGCCUCAUGUACAAAGACUUGCGUGGAUUUCCUAGUUAAACAUAGCGUAUGAAUCUUUGCACACGUAUGAAUCCAAGCACAUUAUCUUUGUACAUCUCAAUAAACAUGGAAUCGAGCGCUCAUGUUGGAGUACCUGGCCCCUCCCCGUCCACGCCCCCAUUUAAAUACCCAAAUCAUAUCUAAAUGAGUCCUGCACCUGAGCUCCCCAUCUCUGCAUGAUCAGAAAAUCAAAAUACAAUGAGUAAGACAGGAAAAAGAAGAAUUCCACAGAAAGCGAACUGAAGGUGCUACAUACUGAAGUGGACAAAAAAAAAGAACUGGAAAAGAAGUGAUCUGACAUCAAGGUGGAUGUGAAAUGGAGGAUGGCUACCCACUGCCAAAGUCUGGCCAAAACAGGUGGAGGGACAGGAGGAAAGGGGCCCAUCUCGUUUGAACUGAGAGUCACCACAAUUGUGGGUGGCACUGCUCUCAGGGGUGGUGGGAGCACAUGUUGGCGACUCCGAUUACCCUCAAGGUAAAUACCCAUGUAUUUGUGUAACUAAAUGUGUUCAUACAGUAUCCUGCUCAUAGCCCUAUAAGAUAGAGGUUCAUGUGUAAAUGCUGUAUGUAUGGUAUUAUUUGAUUUGAAAUCUUUUGAAUUUAAAUAUUAAACAUACCAGCAUAUCAAAGAGGAUAUCAAAGACUUUGACUCAUGUUUAAUUAUUACUAAAUUUAUUCUUUUUAAAAUGCAGGAGAGGAUGUGCAGUCCCAGCCACGUGCCACAGACUUAGGGGAUUUCACCAUCGUCCCCAGCGUCUCUGGCGUCCCAGCUCUGGGGAUUCCGCCAGCAUCCCCAGCAUCCUCAGCGUCCCAGACUUGUGGGGGCUCCUGCAUCGUCCCCGGUGUCUCGAUCAAGAAGAAAAUUGUUAGAGCCAUAGGCGGCAUAAAUGAUUGCCUAGAUCAACUGAUAAGCGUCUUCACAAAUAUCAGUAAAUCAAUAAACGCAUUGGUGGAUAAUUGAAUUCUGCAUCCUUGACUUUUUUUGCAUGAUUGAAAUCCAAUGUUGCCGGGCCUGAAUGGCCUCCUGGGUAGGAUGCACAUUCAUGGGUCCAGCUUCUGGUUCAUCUGGUGCAGAUGUACGACAAAGUGCUUUACAGAAAAUCAUUAAAUCUUAAGAAGUGCAGAGGGCUCCCCCAGAGGAAACACCAGGGGUCCUAAAAAUGAUAAAAUGAUUUUUUUAAACUAAAAUAUGAAUAAAACACCGACUAUAAAUAAUGUCAGUAGCUAAGAAUAAAUAUGAUAUACAAAACCUAGACUUAUUAGAAUAAAUAAAAAUGAAACAAUUAGAUUAAUAUUAAUCACAAGCUUACCUAAAAAGGUGGGGUUUGAGCUUGCUUUUAAAAACAUGAAUGUUCUCUGCAGCCCUGAGUUUUUCAGCUGAAUGGCCCCAAAAUAUUAAAAACUGUGUGGGGCAAUUUUAAUUGAUGGACAAAUUUGCCAUUAUCACUGUGGUGUAGGGGUAGGAUCCUUAAAAUGAUAGUGCUUCCAAGAUUUGCUUUUCUUUUUUCUGCUAUCCCUUCAGAAAUUCCACAGGAAUAGUUCCAAGAGAUUAAUUAAUUAUUUUCUCUAUUCCUAUGGAAAGAUUAAAAAAUAAAUAAAUAAAACUAGACCUAGCCUAAUAAGAAUGUCUGUCCCUCGGAAGAAGAAUGGAUUAGGGGCACCAGAUGUGUACACGUUACUUAGCAUAUCAUAUUGCUUACCUGAUAUCCUGGGCAUAUCAUUCAAUCAACCAAUCAAUCAACCAGACUUUAUUUGUGUAGCACUUUUCAUACAUUGAGAUGUAGGACAAAGUGCUUUACAGAAAAUCAUUAAAAUCUUUAAAAAAGGAAGAAAAAAAAACUGAAUCAAUUAACUGUCAAGAUGAGAAGACAAGAAUAAAAAAUGAAAUAAAUUUUAAAAAUUAUACAUAUAAUAAUCAUACACACACACAUACACAUACAUACAUACACACAUGUAGUGUGAAUAUUUUAAUUUUUGUUGGCAGACGUUUAAAAAAACAAUAAAAGAACUUUAAAAUCAAUUCUAAAAGAUACUGGAAGCCAGUACAGAGAAUUUAAAAUUGGUGUUAUGUGAGCUCUUUUUCUGGUCUUAUCAGCAUUCUAGCAGCUGAGUUUUGGACACUGAAGCUGCGAGAUGUUCUUUUUGGUAAGGUCAGAAAGAAGAGCAUUAUUGUUGUCAAUUCUGCAAGUAAUAAAAGCAUGAACUAGAGUCUCUGUAUUGGCUUGAGAGAGAAACUGUUGCACUCGAGCAAUAUUUUUCAGGUGAUAGAAAGCUUUCUUUGUAAUGUCUCUAAUCUGUGUCAAAAUUGAGAUUUUGGUCAAAUAUCACACCUAGUACAGUUAAAAAGGGUAUCAAUUAGUCCUGAGUCGUCAGGAGACACGGCAAUAUGGAUCUGGGUGUCAUCUGCAUAGCUGUGAUAGUUAAUGCCAUGUCCCCUAAGGACUUUUCUCAGAGGCAACAUGUAGAGGUUAAAAAGUGUCUGACCUAAAAUUGAACCCUAGGCAACACCACAGUAUACAUUAUAUAAUCUUGAUGAGCAGCUCCCCUUGCUCACAUGGAAUUUUCUGUCAGUGACAUAAGAUUUAAACCAAUAAAAAAACAGUACAAAGAGAUGACAGUAAAGUAUUUCAUGAUCUACAAGAUUGAUAUAUUUCACAGAUGUUUUCAGAUUUUAUAAAAUCAUUCAACUGAUUAAAAACAAUCUUCUCUAAAAUCUCACAAAAAAUGGCAGAUUUGACACGGUCUGUAAUUCUCCAAUAUGGUUGCAUCCAAAUUGUUUUUCUUUAGAAGAGAUUUAAUUGUGGCUGUUUUAAAUGCAAUUGGAAAGACACCCAUCGGAAGAGAGUGGUUAACAAUAUUUGGGAGAUCAGAAACAGAACAGCCAUAAAUGUUUUUGAAAAUGGAUGUUGGGAUGGGGUCUGAAAGGCAAGUUGCCACUUUUAAUUGGGAGAUAACUUUGCUGAGCAUUUCAGCAUCAACCAGGACAAACUUCUCUAGUGUUUCCUCAUUUAAGAACACAGACUUUACGGUGUUAAUAGUUUUCGGCUGAAUGAGAGAAACUUGAUCUGAAAAAAGUCUAUUUUAAUACUAAAGUGGACUGCAAAAUCCUCACAUGCUGAGUCAGUGCACAAAUCAAAGGGUAGAUUAAAAAGAUUUAGUGUUCAGUCAAUUGUUGAAUAGAGACAUUUUGGAUUGUUUGGAUUUCCCGUUAUUAAUUUUGAAAAAUGAUCAAAUCAUCUUGUUUGUUUUAUUGCCCUAUUAUAAAUAUACAAUUGUUCAUGGAAAAUUUGGUCAUUUAUUUAUUUAUUUAUUUCCGACAUUUUCUUACUCCAGGGUGGAGUUGGAUUUGUUUUUAUCUUUUUUACUUUUAAAGGUGCAAUUUUGUCAAGCAUGGACUUAAGUUUGCUGUUAAAACUGUCCACAAUAAAAUCACAGGCAGAAGGUAGUACCCACUACAGGGGUAAGAUAACGUUUCCUUACAGUUCGCUCAGUCAUUUCCUCUGAGUUAAAAUCAUUCACAGUUAAAAAGACACAAAAUUGAUCAGACAGGCCCACAUCAACAACUGAGGUGAUGUUUGCUAACAGGCCAUAUGUUAUAACAAGCAACAGACCAUGUGUCAAAACAAGAUCUAUAAUGUGGCCUUUGUUGUGAGUGGGCUGAGUGACAUGUUGAAUGAAAUUCAUACUAUUCCUUAAGUUUUAAAACUUGACAGUAAAAGAGUCUGAUUGAUUAUCCACAUGAAGGUAAAAAUCACCUAAAAUAAUAACCAGAUUUUAUUUAGCGUGGAUGAUGGAAAGUAAUUCUGAGAACUCUGAGAUAAAAAAGAAGCACCUUUUAGGGGCUCUGUAGACUGUUACACAUAAUGUUAGAGGACUUCUGAAAGUGAAGGAAUGUUAUUCGAAAGAAUUAAAAUCUCCAAACAAAAUGUCCUUAAAACAAUAGGAGGCUGUAAGAAUUGCUGCAGUACCCCCAGCCCUUUUGUCUUUCCUUAAAAAGUGUAAAAAUUUAUAGUUUGGUGGUGAGGCCUUUAUCAGGGUUGCAGGUCCAUCACUGCUUAGCCAGGUCUCAGUUUAAAACGUGCAGUCAAUACUGUUAUCUAAAAUCAAGUCAUUAAUAAGAAUUGUUUUAUUUGACAUUUCGUAGAAGGAGUAGCUUUGGGGUCUGUGUCAUCCAUCUCAUCCAUGCUGGUGGUGGCUGGUGCACGGCCGAGAAGGAUUGUGUCCAGGUGCUGUUUGGCCUCUUGAAUUUUUUAGUAACUCACAAGAGUGGAUUUUCGGUGCAACACAGCAGAAGUUGAUUGUCACCUUCACUCAUGAUUUGUACAGGAAAAACAUCUGAUAGCACACUGCCGUAGAAACUCAGAAGACAACCCUUUUCUAUACAUAAGUGUACCCUAUUUACACAGCACCACCUAGUGGUGUAACAUUUUAAUGCACCCAAUUCACAUUACCACAUCCUUCCCCCCUUAAGCAGGUCCCAUGCAUAACCAAUAAACCAAUAAGGUUAACUGAAAGUUUUUAAGGUAACUUGGUAACUUAAUUCCCCUUUUUGACUGUCUCCUCACUUUUGUCUGACUCUGAAUUUUCUGCAGCUUCAGCUGCUGCUGGCUCUCCAACUUACUAACAAUGAUAACAACAUCCUCAACAUCCAGCAAUGUUUCCUUCUAUGCUGAAGUCUGACUUGGCUGGGUUGUGUCUGUCUGUUGUUUCUCUGUGUAUUUUUCUGGUGUCUGUUGAUGAUCCAGAAUCUGAUCCACAUGUCUUCUGACUACUCUCCCAGGAUCCACUUGGGUCCUAGACUGGAGUUCUGGGUUAGUACUGAGUGUCCCACUGUGAACCAGUGCAACUUUGCUUUGGUGUCAUGAUUUCUUGAUUGUCUUGGGGGGGGGGGGGGGUUGUUGGACAUUUCAAAGACAUUUUUUUCACUUAAAGGGCAACUACUCUCUGGCUACUUGUGGGGGAGGGCACGUGGAGGCUGUCCCCCCCCCCCACCCCCACCCCCCUUUUUUGUGGCUUUUUUAAAUAAAAUCUCUUCUAUCACUUGUUUUGGGUUUCAACCACAUACUAAACUAUCUAACAUUGGAUACCACGCAAACCGACCACUAGGGGAUGCACUCAACUCGUUUGCGGUGUUUUUUUUAAAAACCUUAUACCCAUACCUAACACUAUACUAAAAUUCAGAAGUUUACAAAAUUCCCUAAUUUUUCCUGAUCCCAUCUAAGCUAAGUACAGAAUUUAGACGUUGAUAAAAGCAGGUAUUUUAGUACCGUGUGCAUCUAUUACAGUUUGUAAGAUACAGCAUACUUACUGUGAGUUACACCUCACAGUUGCAACUGCACAGAGCUGUACACAUGAGACCCAAUUUGUAGCACUUGCACCUGCCACAACAGCCAGAUUUACAGCCACAUUUGGUGAGCUGUUCGCAUGUCUUGGCUAUUGCAGAGUUGGCUGUCCAGAAGACCUGCCAUUCCUCACCAACCUUUUGACAUCCCCAGUCUGCAGGGUCCUCUGCUUCUGGCUGACACUGGGUUGCCUGGGCCCACACACAACCAGCCUGAUAGGCAGCACGCCUGGUGUGUUGGAGUAGAGCUGCUCUGGUUUCUGGCAAACAAGUCAAGCCUGGCCUCAUCCACAGUAGCAGCUGUGCUGGAUCUGUCAUACAUGAGAAUGACAAACUUCUCAAGCACCUCUAUGUCGCAGUCCUCCACUGUGGGAGGGUAAAUACCCAGUUUGGGGAAUACAGGCAAGGAUUCUGGAGAUAUGUCCCAUGUAUGCCAAACCAUUUUCUUGCCUUUGUUGCGGAAGGCAGACACAGUGUCACAUCCUGUAAAGGCAUGGAAGAAGAGCAUGCCUUUGACCUUCUCCUGGCCAACAUGCUGAAAUAUGUCAUGCACACUGAUCCAGCGCAGAGUCUGACCUUGCCCAAAUGCAAGCCACAUAUGCUGUAGGCCAGCCUCUUGGAGACCGCUGAAUACACUUAUAGCUAAGAUCAGAACAUCUGUGUCAUUUGCCUUGAUCAUGAUGGAUUGGCUACCAGUUGCAUGUUUGGUGUGCACAAAGAUGCGGCUGUCCGCUUCCUCGUGAAAGCAUUUAUCUAGUCCAUCAAGACCAGUUGCACGAGUGCUGAGGACAGCAGGUACCUUUGUGACGAUGAUGGUAUUUAGGGCAAACAUUUGUGCAACCUUGUCGGCAAGGGUGGGACAACUCUGUUUUGUUGUCAUUGUGCCUCAGGAAGUUAUGCCAGUUAGAUAGCAUGGUGUUCUUAUUUGUUACCUUGCGUCUUCCCGCCUGGCCACGUUUGGACCUGGUCUCAGCUUUAAGGCUUGAUGGGUUUUACACAUCAAACACCAGAUGUGUCAUUGUGUGCUUGCUGGAGUACAUGUAGAUCACAGGUAGGAAGUCGAGAGCUGCAUAGUCCUCAAAAGUCUUGGAUCUUUUUGGUGGCAGGGCGUGGUCCAAAGCUGACCCAUCUACAAUGAGAAUGUCUGCCUCAGGUUCCUUGUCAACUGGUGGGACAUAAUUCUCAAGGAUAGGGGUCAGCUGAGACUUCUGGCAAGUGUACAAUUUUCCACCCUUGCUCAAUGCAACAGGGAAGGACUGGUUCUCAUGCUGAAAGAACUCCUGGAGGUCAUGCUGAGUUACACAGCAGUGAUAUCACCAGUGUGCCCUGGUUGUGUGCUGAUAUUCACUCUAUUACAUCUGCAAGCUUGUACUGUAUAAACAUCUAAAUUCUGUACUGCAAUGGCCCCAUUGGAUGCAUAGACCAAAAAUAUGUGCAUGCCAAAAGUUAAUGUUUCAUAGUCACUAAGAUCGGAUUACUUCAAGGCAAUGGCAGCCAUCUUGGACACCAUUUUGUUUCUCAAAUUUAAAGUUAUAACCCUCAUGAAAAUAACAGAUAAUGGAAAUGAUAUUUUCAUACAACCAUAUGCACGUAACAACAAUUGGUGAUACAAAUUUCUCACUCUCCCAAUUCUGUACAAGUAUCUAUAUGCUGUAUCUCAAGAACCGUAAUGGAUACAGAAAUGCACUAGGUACCAAAAUGUCCGCAAUACCCAACUUUAUAUUCAACUUCAAUAUAUGUAUGGGGCUUAAAAUCAAGUCAUUUUGAGUUAUAAAGGAAAAAACACAUUUUUGGGGCGGACAUCUUGGAUUUUGGGGCCGCCAUCUUGAAAUUUUGCGUGGCUAACGUUAUUUUUGAAAAGAGUGGGGUUUGAAGAGUAUUUGUAUCAAAUUUCAUGCUUGUAUAACAAAGUGAACGAUUCGGGCUAUAUUGUGCAUUUGUCCACUAAGUCCCAGGGGUGUAAAGGAGCUGGUGCCGGGACAUUUCAGUGCUCUUGACAUGUUGUGCAGGCCUUGACAGUAUCCUCCACCGCUUUGUCCAGCUUUGGCCACCAUACGUAAACUCCUGGCCAAUGUUUUCACUCUGGACCCUCCGGGGUGGCAUUGAUACAGCUGUCUCAACACUUUUUUCUUGGCUUGGCUUUGGCAAAAGCGCUCUCGCCCCCCACAAUACACACUCAUUAUGGAUACUGAGUUCAUGUUUUCUCACUGUGUAAGGUGUGAAUUUACUCUUUUUUAGUUCUGAUGACCGGCCUUUGUGCACUAUUUCCCACACCCAUGAGAGUACUGGGUCUUUAUCAGUCCAUGCUCUCACUUGAUCAGCCAUCAGUAGUGUAACAUCUGAACUCUCUAACAUGAGGACCCUCUCUUCUGGCCUCCCCAGGUCAGGUUUCUCAGGUAAGGGCAAACGGCGUAGGGCAUCCGCAUUACUGUGAUACUGUCCUUCUUUGUACACUAUUGUGUAUUCAUAGGCUUUCAUGGUGACAGUCCACCGCUGGAUCCUCAGAGAUGCCAUCUGUGGUAUUGCUGGCAUCUCACUGAAAAGUAACAACAAGGGCUUGUGAUCUGUCACUUUAGUGAACUUGCAUCCAUAAAUGUGUAAAUUGUGAAAGUGUUUGAUCCCAAACAUACCUGCUAGUCCUUCCUUGUCCAGCUUUAAGUAGUUUUUCUCUGCUGCAUUGAGUGUCCUUGAUGUUAAUCCUAUCGGCCUUUCUGUUCCAUCAGGCAUGUUAUGUGACAGCACUGCACCAACUCCAUGGUGAUGCAUCACAUGACAGCAAAAUGUCUUUCUCUGGAUCAUAAUGUACAAGCACAUCAGCUGACUGCAUCAUUUCUUUUGCCUUUUCAAUUGCAGCCUUUUUGUGCCUCUCUCCACUUCCACUUUGUGUCUUUUUGUAGCAGUUUGUGCACUGAAGCAAUGACUGUUGACAGACUUGGCAGACUUGUUAUAGUAAUUUAAGAGUCCAAGAUAUGCUUUUAGCACUGUCACAUUUGAAGGUGUAGGUGCCUCCUAAAUUGCUUGCACCUUCUUAUGAACUGGGUGUAGUCCAGUUGAAUCCACUUUGUGACCUAGAAACAUUACUUCCUCACUCAUAAAGGAGAACUUGGUCAUCUUAAGCCAGAAACUGGCAUCCUUUAGCCACUGGAACACUUUGGCACAAGUCUGAAGAUGCUCAUGGUCACCUUUCCCUGUCAGCAGGAUGUCAUCCAAGAAAAUGGCCACAUGUUGGAUGCCCUGCAGCAGUCCUUCCAUCAUCCAUUGAAACAUUGCUGGGCUGGAUGGCACAAGUGUGGCUCAGAUCUAGUUCUGUGAAUUCCUAUCCUCCUGACAGGCUGGCAAAUAAAUUCUCAAUUUUGGGAAUUGGAUAUUGCUCCAGUUUUGGCACUUGGUUCACAGUCAAUUUAUAGUCCACACACAACCUGGCUGAGUCAUCUGGCUUUAGGAGGGGAACCACCGAUGCUGCCCAUUCAGCGUACUUCACAUGUUUGAUUAUGUUCUGAACAUGGAGAUGGUUGAGUUCUGUCUCGACUCUUCCUCUCAUGGCAUAUGGGAUAGGUCUUGCUUUGAAAAACCUGGGGGUUGCAUCCUCCCUGCCCACAUAUAUUUUUGCUGGGGGGACCCUUAAAUCCCUCUAGCUGCUCUUUGAAAAUCUCCUCAUAUUCCCCAAGAACCUUCUCUGUCAUCUAGGUAUGAUGUCAUCUAGGUAGACUAAGACAAAUCUGUUGAGCAUGUCUCUGAGGAUAUAGUUUGUAAGGGUUCACUCAGCUCCUCCCAGCAGCUUAAGUAGGAAAGAGAGAGGGGAGAAGGUGUGAAGUAGGUUUAACACAGCCGACACUGUUGACACAUCUGUUUCACCAAUCACAUCAGCUCCUCUCCUCACCUUUAAAUCCACCACCCGCAAGGUGUAUUGAAAUUUUCUUGAGGUAGUUAAAAGAUGGCUGAAGACAGCAACGCCACACAAUGGUGACAGGAGGCAGCCCCUCAACAAGUGUAGCUCUGAGCGCUGUGAAGGGCGUCCUCUACACUCUCUCAAAUAAGCAUAGAGGGAAAGCAGGGGUUAAUCACAGGUAAAACACAUAUUCACUAGAAAUAAUUUCCAUGAAUGCAAACUUGAAGACUGGCCGGGAUACCACGGAAGGGGUGGAGAUAAUCUGGCACUGAGAGACAUGUAGGCUGAGCUGAAGUGCAGCAGGUGCAGGCGUGUCGAUGCAGGAGGAGCCUGAGAGAAGCUGCUCAACCUCUGUGGAGAAAAAAGGGAGCCCAACUCCACACAAGACACAAACUAAACUCAGUGAUGUCAUCAAGUGUCCAAAAUCAAUUGUAUCCAUGACAAUGCUGUAUGAUUCUGCACUGUCUGUCUUCCUCCUGGUAACAGUGGGCUGGGCUUGGCACUUGACCUGCUGGUGUACAACCAGGCAGAUGCGUAGUGCCUGUCUAACUAUACUGGGCUGCUCCCUUUGUGUGUGUGUGUGUGUGUGUGUGUGUGUGUGUGUGUGUGUGUGUGUGUGUGUGUGUGUGUGUGUGUGUGUGUGUGUGUGUGUGUAUAAAUAUAUAUACAUAUAUAUAUUUAUACAUACAUAUAGGAUAUAUAUGUAUUGUUUGUAUCACUGCAUUUACAUUGGCUAGGAUCUGUGGAGGUACUUCACUAAUCCUUACUUUAUAAAUCCUCAGUGUCAGGGUUGACAGGUGCUCAUCUUAGCCAUGAUUUUAUCUCUUAGGUCAGUUUGCUCUUUGUUCAACUCCGGGGCUUGGUACCCAAUCUCAGGGGGAAGGUCAGUGUUAACUCCCCCAUCUGAUCUAGCGUCCUGGCUUCCCCUUGCCAUAGCAUUAACGUGUUGUAUCUCCUCAAUCUCUAGUCGUGAUAGCAGCUGCUGUUUGGGGAUGUUGGAACACUGAGCUACUAGCUGUUUUGGUGUUAGCAUUGACUGUGGGUAACUAAGCAACCAUAUAUCCCUCAGCCUGUUUAUGUAACCCGGCUGGCUAGGAUUACUGGAGUAGUAGCAUUCCAACAGAGCCUUGUUCUCAUCUCAUGUCCAUUGCCUUCUCUGUGUUGUUCCAGUAGCCCAUUUUUCAUUACAAUGCCCGAGUUUCUCAGCAUUUGACGCAGAACUUGUUAACCCAGCCAACCUCUGAGCCCAGGGCUCAACUGGGACCAAAAAAUGGCCUGGGCAAUUUUGGCCGUGGCCACCCGUUGUGAUUACAAUAUGCAGAUGCACAUACUAGAGAAUAUAUGUGCAUGUUUUGGCAUUUCAAAAAUUAAAAUAAAGAGCAGCAGCCUACAUAAAAGAGAUUAACCAUGUUAUAAAAAAAAAAAAGUUACGUUCUUUCACUCUUUCAGAGAAUUUCAUCUUGAGAGAUGGCCACAGUGUCAUAAAUCAAAUCUUGAAGUGAAAGUGGGGUCAAAGAAACACCGCUAGUAAUGUCUUUAGUGUUUAUAAAAAUACACAAUUAUGCCCACACUAAAACCAUACAUGUAAAAUAAAGAGACACCUCAUCAAAGUGGCACCUUCAAGUAUGAAAAACAGAGAGAGAAUACGAAAGAUGCAGAGACAAUAAUUGGAUUAUGACAGCUCCACCCUUGCCGGCAAAAAUGUACGUCGGCCCACCGGGCAUUGCCCGGUGCGCCAGACAGCCUGUCCAUGCCUGUCUGAGCUGCUAUAUACAUAUGUAUACAGAUAUAUGUGUACAUGUGGUGUGCAAUGCUUUUGUUGUAUUGUACAAGAAAAAUAAAAACUUAAAAUAAAAAAAAGAUUUAUAUUUGUAUAAGCUAAAUUGUGUGGAUAUGGGUGUUACUAUCCAAGCUUGACCUCACUCUCUAUUUUUCCACCUGUGUAGCUUAGUGUUUGGCAUAUUUUGCCACUGUGAUAACAGGGUUGAGGUUAUUGGACUGGGUGACAUAGCUUGUAGGAAGUUUUUCAGGAGCAAAAAAAAGAGGAAAAGAAAUCUCUGUUGCUUUUCAUGAUGUCACAUGGUCUUUUUGUGAAAACAGAAGAGCAUAUCACUGCUCAUUAGCAAAUUUUUUCACCUUCACAUCAUUCUUCAGCAAGAAAGGUUAAAUUUGGAUUCAGGAAAUCGCAUUCUGGAGCCAUUUUAGUCUUAAUCAGAUCCACAAACAAGCAAAACAUAUUCAUCAUUCUUCAGAAUAAGCAUUCAUUGAUGGAUAAGACUACAAGCUAUUACACUGAUCAAUUCAAACACUUAUGUGUAAAUAAAGGCUUUUAGUGAUUCAUGAAAAUCCAGCCUUUUAGACUUUGGUUUAGAUGUACAGUCCUGUAUUGUCAAUAUAUUUGGUAUCAUGUAUCAGAUGUAAUAAAUUUAGCUUUUCUUCCUCACAGACUCAGAAAGGAACCCCACUGCUUACCCUAAUGAAGGAUCCAUACAUUCUCAUCGCAGCAGGUAGGAAAAUAAAGACUAACAUGAAAUUAAAUGGAGACAGUCUGUCCAUGUAGUGAAUGCUCUGUGGGAGCCUAACCCAACACUAACCCUUCCAGGAAAAGAGCAUACUCUUUUAACCCUUUGUUAUUACAGAGGAACAACCAAACAGGUAGAAAGUUGUUAAAAGAUUCAGAAAAUCUGGAGAAAUCUCUGUACAGAAGGGACACAAACCAAAACCAAGACUGGACCAAAAUUAAGGCAGCACUGCAUUAAAAACAGACAGGAUACUGGAAUGGAAAUCCCUGCAUGGGCUUAAAACCACCUCAAAAACCAUUGUCUGUGAACACAGUUCAUCACUGAAACCAGAUGGAAACUGGAUCUACAGAUACCAGAUACCAGAGACUCCUGUGGAUCUGAGCCCAUUUAAAGAGGAUUGUAGAAUCCUGGUGCUAAAAUAGCCUAACUGCAGCACUGACUUUUCUACCAUUGAUAAAAUUUGAUGUUAAUUGAAAAAUAUGACAGAGAUGAACCUGAACUUUGAGGGACUGAAAUAUUUUCCUUAUAUCAGCCAAGAAUGGGACAAUAUUUCACUUUUAACCUCCUGGGUUCAUUCGUUAAGAGACAGUUGUUGACUUUGAGAUAUACCAAGGCUGAAACUGCUUCUAAUUGUACAGUCUUGCUCCACAGGUGCCAUUUGUUUUGGAAAUAUGGCCAUUGCCAUGAUGGAGCCAACACUGCCAAUCUGGAUGAUGGAGACCAUGUGUGCAAGGAAAUGGCAGCUGGGUACUAACAAUGCUUUACUGAGUGUAGCCUAUUUUGUUUGUGGUUAUUGUACUCAUAGUUGUAAGAAUAAAUCAUGAUUUUUAUUCGAACAAAUGGUAAUUUUAGAUAUCUUUGUUAAACUGCUUUGCAUUUGGGGGGGGGGGGGGGUCAUUGUCUGUGUACAUUUUUUUUUUCAUCUGAGAAUUGAGGAAAGGUGUAUUUCAGUGCAGCAGUAUCCCUUUUUGAAUGGCACUCCUGGUUCAGACUCACUUGAUAUCAAACCCCUACUCUUUCUAUUUACAUUGUCAGAGAUAGAGAUCUUGAUACUCUAUUACACAAUCUGCAUUAAGAUUUCAAGAGAAGCUUACAGUACCUCCUAAAGUGAUCUUCCUAAAAAAAUAGCAGACUUCCAUGGGUGAGACCCAACAACUAUGCUGAGGCACUUAGUGGUGCAUCUCAAUAGGAAACACUAAAAGAAAGAAUAUAAUGUAUAGAUUAGUGAGAUGACCCUUCACCGGCUUCUCUUUCCAAGUCUGUUCAUUUGUUUUAUCGGUCCUUACUAUAGACACGUGUUGAUUGGAAUGUGUAGCAACUCAUAAUGUAAUAAUAUAAAAACUGUCACUAAGCACGUGUUCCAGGUACUACUCUGUAAUGAGUAUUGACUGGCCCCAAUUGCAGCACAAACAAGCAGGUUCGCUCAAAGAACAGUUUUUAUUUGACACCAAACCAAAUGAAGCAGCCGAGUAUAGCAGGUGGGUAUGGCAGGAUUCGAACCAGGUCUUCCAGGUGCCAGGCGAGCAGGUUAGCGGAGGACCACAGGGUAGGCAAGAAAUCUGGGGACUCGUGAGCAGGGAAUUGUCCACAGUCUCAAUUUGUUCUACGAGUGUGGUGAAGGGGAAAAUGCUCAAACUCACAGCUGGAGGAAGAUUUCUGGGAGAGUGGUUCAGGUGAGGACUGGGUGAGGAUCCAGGGCUUGCAAUGGAGCUGGCAGAACCGACGUCCGCAGGAGGCGAGUUGGCGAGGUGAAGCUGACGAGAAGGGGGAUCUUGACAGAGCAGGAACAGGCUGAGUGCCACCCAGCCGCAGGCAGACGAAUAGCAGGAAACAGGCAGGCAGAGCUCGUAGUCAGGGACAGAAGGCAGGUGGGUUUACCGAGUCUGAGACGUGAAGCAAAGGUCAGGGGCAGAUCAGGUCGAUACCAGGUAAGCAGUCUGGAGAUGAACGCUGGAGAGUCAGGCAUGAGAGUGAAGACAAUCUGGCAAAGAGUGAGGGGAAAAAAGCUGCAUAUAUACUGGCCUGAUUGGAGAUGAUGAGCAGGUGAGAGUAGCAGGUGGAAGCAGUUAGCUGAUGAGGGGUGUGGCUGAGCAGCAGAGCAGGAGAGACGCAGAGCAGACUGUUACACUAUUCAGAGUAAAUCCAAACUUCUGGAAGAGGAAAAAAAAAUGUGAUUUUAAUCUUGGAUUGUAAAACAUCAGAUCAAGAACAACAGGCCAUCAUGAUCAGUCUCCUCCGAGACUCGUCACAUCCACCCCUGAGAUCAAAUCCAACUCCACUCCUUUUUUUCAAACAGUUAGACAAAUAAGAUAAAUACACCAGUAUCACCAUUAGAUAAAUACAACUGGAUUACUGAAACCAGCAACACAUCUGUCGAUUCUAAGGCUGUAUUGUUGGAUUGUGUCCACCUCUGCCCUCCUCAAUCCACUUGAGUGAAAGAAGACCAAAGCAGUCUAGCUUUGUCUAUCAGUGCACCCCACAGCAAAACAGGAGCUUACUGUGGUUCACAGUGUAGAUCAAAGCAGGAAAUAAAAGUAUUCUCCUUGCACCAGCAUCCAGAGACCAAUAUGGUUUUUCUGUGUUCUGUAUUUCAUGACAUGCAAAGGGUCAAUAACUGGCUAAACCCACAGGCUCCGGAAUGGCUCCGCUUCGCUCCGGACCAGCAGACAGAUCAGGGGCCUCAUUUAUCAACCAUGCGUACUCACAGAUGUGUGCUUAAAGAGUGCGUAUGAACAUUCCUGCGCAAAGUCUGGAAUUUAUCAACCCGUACUUGUGCUUAGGAACGUGCGUAAAUUUAAGCACAACUCUGACCAUGCGUACACACAAAACCUAGUGGUAGGACAGUCAAAUUACAAAUAGAACCCAUUAAAGGAGUCACAGCGUUCCGCAAUCUCAAACUUCACACAUGUUCCCGUUGCCUCUAUACAAAAUUUAUCAAUUAGUCAUUUUGCAGACAUUUUGAAUGAUUGGUCAGACAAGCUAUAAAAAUCUGCUGUGACAGGACAACCUCAAAAGAAGUCUUACAAGUACAAAUACAAGUAUCACGGUUUAUUUUGCGCUAUUGGAGGACUUAGAGAAGCGUCUGCUCCUCCGCAGGGAGCGUGUUUUCAAAGAGCAUGCUGAUCUGUUCAGUGAGAACUCAGAGUGGAUUCUCAGCAGGUACCGCUUCCCCAAAACAUUUUAAUGGAUUUACGCUGUGAUUUACUACCCGUGUCGCACCAAAGCCAUCCCAGCGCACAUCCAGCUCCUGUCCACCCUAACCCGAACAUUUCAGCAUGAGAUUUGAGACAUAUGCGAUAUUUCGCAGCCAACGCUAAACAGAAUCAUGCCGGCAGAGUUGGAUGUAAUAAUUUCUCUGGCCUCAAUUUACAUCCAGUUCCCAAACACACAUCAGCAACAAGCUGAAAUAAAACGAGGAUUUCACGCCAUCGCCAGAUUCCCAAACAUAAUUGGAGCCAUAGAUUGCACCCACAUCGCAAUAAAAGAACCUUCACACAAUAAAUUCAGAUUCGUCAACAGGAAAAGAUUUCAUUCAAUCGAUGCACAAAUAAUCUGCGAUGCACAUUUGUUUCUGUUAAACGUUGUUGCCCGGUGGCCUGAAGGAACGCACGACUCAUUCAUUCUGCAGAACAGCGCUGUGAGUGUGCACCUCCAGGAGGAGGAAAAACAUUCAUGCACACAUUUUUAAAGGGAUUGUUGAUGCCAUAUAUGGUCAAUUGGAGGUGUUCCUGAAUGCAGAUGACUCUAACCAUGCACGAGCACGGUAGUAACGAACAGGUGGGAUUUAUCAUCACCGAUUACUUACGUGUGUGCGUACGACUGGUGUCCGCAUGUUUGAUAAAUAUGGAUUUUUUUGUACUUACGCACAUUCUAAAUUUCAUUCCUACGCAAGAAUAUAGAACCUUUUCUACGCACGAUUGAUAAAUAAGGCCCCAGAUCUGCAAGCAUACAGCGCCCACUGGAUCUGAUCUGCCGCCGCCAUCGGAGGAGAAGCGCUCGCCAGAUUACUGAUAUUUCUUGCGAGACUGGACGAGAUCUCACAAGCACAAGCAUGUUUCCGCGGGAGUCAUAGAAUGAGGUCCGCCGAUUGGUGUAUAUAAACAGCGGUGUAUAUAAACACCCACGUCCUACAACCCUGGCCCCGCCUAUUAUCAAGUUAACAACAGUUGUUGUAUUGACUUUAUUUUAUUUUGAAAAUUAACUGGGUAUUUUAUUCUGUGACCGCAUACAACUUCCGCUGCUGCUCGUGCUGCGCUGCACUGAAUUGAUGCACCGUGCUGCUGCAUCCUGCAAAAAUAGAAGCCCUGCAUAUCUGAUCCGGCCGCUGGAGCCAAUCUGCAGCAGAGCCGGACGCCGGACGGAUUCUGUGGAAUGACUCACAUUGAUUAUAAUGCUUGCAGAUUUGAUCCGCUGGCCGUGCCAGAGCAGAGCGGAGCCAUUCUGGACCCUGUGGGUUUUGCCCGUAAAAGGCCAAUGUUUCAAAUAAAUACAUGUAAACUGCCUAGUCAACUGAUAAGUCUACUUUUGCCUGUUUCUUGGUUGAUCAAAAACUAGGUUGGGUCCUCAAAUCCAGUGCAUCAUAUGCUGGUCUUAAAAAGUAUCUCUUCAGUGAAUUCGCUUAGACCAUGUCAGGUCUGCUUGGGUUCCUCCUCAAAACCUGCAGCUAGUUUUUCUGGCCUUAAAUAUUUUAAGCCAUUUAAGUAUAAAAGUCUGUGGAAAGAUAAUGAUGAGGAUCCUGGUGCAUAUGUUUGCUUUUUGCUGGUAAAGACAUUAACUUUUUUUAAUGUUUGGAGCACUAUUUAAUGAUUGUCCUAGUUAGCCGUGCCCCUUUGUUGGGAAACCAGCAGGAGAAAUGUGAAAGAAGCUGCAGGUUAACAGUGCCUGCAAAGAGGGAACAUUUAAGAGAUGCGUUUGAUUGAUUGAUUGAUUGAUUGAUUGAUUGAUAAAUGAGUUGCAUACACUGCAAAUUUGCAUAGUUAAAAAUCCCUCUGAAUCUCUGCUGAAACUGAACUGAGGUCCUUCACUGUAUCAAACACUCAUGAACCUGUCUUUUUAAACUGACAUGGGCUCUCAGCUCUUCAUUGUAAAUAGGUUGAUGAUCCAGUCCUCCUAAAAUAUUCUUGCUUUCUUCUCAUGUCUCAGUUGCUUUACACAGACAUCUUGUGUUUUGUAAAUGUGUGUGAAGUCAGCAUGUCACUCCUCCAUCUUGUUAUUUUACACACAAGCAUCUUUCAGCAAAGGUGUUAUUAGUUUUUCCUCCAGUCUCUUGAAUAUGAAGUCUGGGUCAGAUAAAGAAAGCGUGAGUGGGGAACAGGAUAUUAGGGUGUCAUGUGCUGGCAGGUGGAAAGCGCAAGUCUUCAUUAGAGACAAAUGGAAGCUGUACAGCAGCUCAGUGAUAGAAAUCUGCUUAUCUGCCCACACCUUCAGUCUCUCAUCUGUCUCUGUGUCUGUCUAUGGCCCAGGUGUUGCUUUCUUACCGGCGUCCAUCUCCUACCUUAUUGGAACCAACAUCUUUGGCACGUUGGCGCACAAGAUGGGGAGGUAGGGGUGGAAAUCAUCCUUAUCUGCUCUCUGUCUCUCUGUCUCUAUGGAUGUGAUAUCUGUUUCCGCUCCUCUAAAUGAGUUUCAGUGUUUCUAGGGGUUGAAAGACUGCCUUUAUUAAAGCCUCUGUCAUUUCUGUCUGUACAUGUUUCCUUCAGGUUGUAUUUAUUCAGGAUUUUUCUUCUUGUUAUUGAUUACGUCCUCUGUUCAAAAAGUCUUCAAUACUGUGAUUUAACGUGAAUAUCAAUUUUACAACUUUAUCAAACCUUUGCUUUUCUAAUACAUUAAGGCUGCUAGAGAUACCACAGAUGUAGCAGAAAUAUGCAGCUUUUGAAAGGUCAUUUAAUACUCAGUACUCUGUACAGUACAGUUUAUUUGUGCAGAAAAUGCAGUGUUGCACUGAGGCGGUGUGGCUCUGCUAAGGUUUUUAUUUAAGCUUACUUUGAUAGUGUACAGUACUUCUCAUCUUCUCCGCUCAUCCCACUUUUCUCGAGGGGGUUCAGUAAUAUUAUCAUCAGGGAGCCAGCUGGUUGGAAUUUGGUGCUGUGGGCAGGUCCUGCUGGAAAAGGAAAUCUGUACCUCCACAAAGCCUGUCAGCACAUGUAGCAUGAAGGUCUCCAAAAUCUCCUGGUAGACUCUAGGCUGCAUUGACUCCGGACUUAAAAAUAAUACACAGUAGAUCAAUGAUAGUAGAUGACAAGGCCCCCCAAAUAGGAGCUCUAUGUGGGACCGUGAUUUGCAUCCUGCUCUUGUUACAUGUCUGACUAAUACAGCCCGUUCCCACAGUGUGUGAUCCACUACCGACUGUAACUCCAGAGUGUUUUAGAUGUUUUAGGUCUGUUCAUAUAUAUCUAUGAUAUAUUAUUUGGCCUAGUGUAGUGUCCUGUUAAUAUUGUGUAUGAGUCAGAGCUUGGUCUUUGAGGGUUAGCGUGCUUUGACUGAGGAGAAUGGAGCAGGUUUGACACCAAAAUGUACCUGAUUUUUGUACAUCAGGACUUAAGUUUCUACAAGCAAAACCAGGUAAUUUCCCUUGUUGUAGGCUACAAGUAGGAAUUUGUCCUGAAGGUAGGCUUGUCUUGCUUUGUCUCUGACAAAAGAGAACAGCUUUAAACUUCUUGCUGUUUAUUUUUUUUUAUUAUCAUUUUAAUGCUGUUCCAUUCUAGUCAGUGACUUUUUAGACCUGUAAACCACCUGCUUGCUCAUAAUUUGGAGUAUCCCAAAGCAGCCGUCUCAGUCAAAUCACCAUAGGCUGUAGAAACUUCACACAGGACUUGAAACAGCGUGGAUGCCGUCCAAGAGUCUUCCUCCAGACUGUGGGACCUGGAUUUCCCCUAUGAAAUAAAAAUAAGGCAUCUGACAUUGUUGUUGAUUUAGGAGUUUGUUUGUAUUCAGAAGAGGACAUAUGUUGUUUUUUUCCUGAAGAUAUCUUUAAGUAGUGGCUUUUAUCACCCCUGAAGCUCUCCAGAGCUCUUGUAUCAACUCUCUAAAGGCUGAGGUUUGUGUUUGUGCACCUUUUACUGCCAUACCUCUGUAAACAAUCUUCCAUCUGCUGACCAGCUUUAUGUAGACUCUGAUUUCCUUUUCCAGCAAGACUUAGCACCUGCCCACAGCAACAAAACAACCACCAAAUGAUUUGCUAAACAUAUUAUUGUGCUUGAAGGGCUAAAGGGCCUAAAUCUCACAGGAACUCUGUGAUGGAUUUGUCUGGAUGAGACACACUCAGGUUUCAGGUUUCAUUAACUCUUUAGCUGUGCGACAGACACUAGGCCGAAAAUUUUGGGACACUGGAAAUUGUGAAAAAUGAAUUACUACAAAAAUAAGGCCUAAAAUAUUUGUCUUCCAUUAAUAAAUAACUGGUAAAAUAUAUGUAAGUAUACAGUUGUGAAUGAGAUGACAAAAAAUCAACGGUUUCAUGCUGUUGUGAACUGUUGAGAUGCACCUGGAGAUGACUAAAGGCAAACCUUUAAAGUGACAUAUUCUCAUUAUAAAAGUGUACUCUUAGAGUCCAUAAUAAAACCUUAAACUUCACCCAGGGUAACUGUUUUCACUUUCUACACGUUUUUUUAUUAACACAUAAUCAUUCAACAGAAAAUUAACAGCCUCCAUUAAGUCAUUUCCUUUAGUAUUGUUGCUGAGAGUCUUACCAGUCCUCCCAAGUUUCCUUCUUUUUAUUCAAAUAUUGCCUUACCUCACACAAGAGGGGAAGCAAUAUUUAGACACUUUCACUAUCAUAACAAGUUUAUUUGUAAAAAUAGCCUUUGGGGUCAUAAGAGGUAGGGUUUGCAUUUUGUCAAAGAAUAACAUAUCGUGAAAACGCAUCACUUUAUUAACAGAUUACUGUAGUUAAGUGCUUAACAUAAUGAGACCCUGACCAUGUCCUCUGUCAUUUCCAGAUGGCUCUGUGCUCUCAUUGGGAUGGCAGUGGUUGGCAUUAGUGUGAUAUGUGUAAGUAUGACCAACAUUUUAACCGAGUUCAGUGUAGUAGUAUGUGUUUUUUUAAAUUUGGUUUUAGGAGGUUCUGGUCAAUAGGGCGCUGACUGUCAAUGGCUGCUGAUGGGGUCAACCCCACCAAGUAAUUAGACUAAGUUUUUUAUUUUUUUUUAUUUUAGGAAAGUCCGACCCAAACAGUAAUGUCGCUCUGGGUUUGGGCUCUAGCUGGAUGUUUUGCAGUGCUUUACAUUCUGGUUCAAAAGAAUUUGGCAUUUCCCUUUGGUGAUAAAUAAAGUUAUCAUUAUUCUUAUAUAUUUAUGAAAAUGGAUAUAUUGCAGAUGUAUCACCCCACAAGCCAAGAAUGGCCAUGCACCACCACCCGAAGAAUCAAGAGAGAGCUUUCAGUCUGUCACCCUUCCCAGUGCACAGGGCCAGCUGAGGUUCCACUUGUUUAAAUUAAGCUGUAGGAUCCACUCCUGGUGGACCUUUUUUUCAUUUCCUUUGAGUUUCAGCUUUGCAACAACACUUCCCCCAGAACUCAAAGACAGAGACUUCCUGGACACUGACCAUGGAAAUACCACCACCUAAUCACUUGUCCUUGUCAGAUCUGUGACAUCUGAUGGCCCUCAAACCCCAGAGGUUGCUGGGGGUUAGCUGUGACUCAGUGGUACAAUUGGUCAUCUCUCAAUACCAAGGUGGGGUUAGACCUGAAGUCCCACUAUCCACAUGCCAAAGUGUGUAGUCAUGGAAAAGAUUAUUAGACCACCCUUGUUUUCUUAAAUAUCUUGUUCAUUUUGAUGCCUGAUACUACUUAAAUAUAUUACCUGAAAAAUACAAUGAAGAAGACUAAAAUUUAAGCUGAUUCCAUAAUAUUAUAUGUCCUUUUUGACACGUUUAAGCUCAGCAGUAUUCCCAGGGUAUAUAAAAGGCCAUUUCAUGUCAUUAGCAGCACUGCACAUGCAAAGUCCUAGAGUGGUUUACCGCUUACAUUUAAGCAACUAAGAAGUUGUCAGCUCUAAAAGAAUGCCUAAAACAAAAAAAAUUGUGUGAAGCCACAAAGGCAACCAUCAUGGCAAUACUGGAAAUUGGCAUAAGUGAGAAACAGGUAGCCAAAAAACUAAAGAUCUCCAAGACAGCCAUUCAUUACACCAAGAAAACAGACAGAAGAGAUAACAUGGAAUGCCUAAAAGCUUUGUUUUUGGCAGAACAAUACCAUACCUAUUGAUGUAAGAACUCAAGUGAUUUUGUUUAAUAAAAACAUUGAAAAAGAUAUCAACUCUUAAAUUAAACUCUUAUGAGCUAUUUUUGUUGUUAUCAUUAUCUUUGUCCAAACAAAUGUGCCUUUAGUUGUACCAGGCAUUAAAAUGAACAAGAAAUUGAAGAAAACAAGGGUAGUCUAAUAAUUUUUUCCAGGACUGUAUGUAUAAUCCCAGACCAGCUCUGCCAGCUUCACCCAGUAGUGUGUGAAUAUACUACUGAGUGCCUCUGUAGUAAAUGAGGCUUGUAAUGUAAAAGCCCUUAGAGUGGUCAGUACACCACAGGUAGAUUGAUGUAAGCACAGUACAUUGACCUUGUCCAUGUUCCUCCAACUGUUCAGGUGUGCAGGCUUCAGAAGAGGCAACAAAACUUAUAGAUGAGUGACUUUGACAGUGACAAUGGCAAAUGUUUACUGUGGACACAAGGAUGCCUUCAUGGGCAAAAUUCAAGUGUAUCAUAGCAAAAUGAGCUGAUUGGUGUUAUAGUCAUACAGACAGGUGUGUUUCAGGUUCAUGAACAGUGGCAGAGGAAGGGGCUGAAAAUCCUCUAGUUUAGAUAGAUGUAAGUGUUCAGAAACUUUUGGUUCAGAGACAGGGUCUGAACCAAAAGUACCUGUACAAACAGAAAGUAUGUCUUACCUUUAGACAGUGUUGUGAGACUGACAAUCCGCUAUUUUUAGAGAAUUAAGCAAACAAUCCCGUCCUGUUCUGCUGUUUGUCUGUUGUAGGUUCCAUUCGCCAAAGACAUCUACGGUCUGAUAAUCCCAAACUUUGGAGUUGGUUUUGCCAUUGGUAAGUCUACUAAAACAGACACUGUGCUGAAAAACUGCUGUUUUAUUAAUUUCAUUAUUGUUUGUGGUUUAUUCCAGGCAUGGUGGACUCAUCUAUGAUGCCUAUAAUGGGUUACCUUGUGGACCUGCGGCAUGUAUCUGUUUAUGGAAGUGUCUAUGCCAUUGCUGAUGUGGCUUUCUGUAUGGGGUUUGCUUUAGGUAAGCAGGUACAAGAUAGAGUUCCAAUGAAUACAUGCAUGAAAUCAAAAAGAUAAUAAAUCUGUGUUUGCAAACCCAGAUGGACCAAUCAUAGAUAGAGAAGCUGGGAGUGUGCAGAUAGCCUAGCAGGGUAGCAUGCCCCACAUUUGGGGGUGUGUGGUCCUUGCAGUGGUAGCAGCCUUGAGUCUGGCCCCAACCAUGUGCAGCAUAUCGUUCCCUCUCUCUAUCUGCCCCAUUUCUACUCUGUCCUGUCCAUCAAAGGAAAAUAAUCGCCCCCCAAAAAUAAUAAGUUAAAAGAAAAAAAAAGCUUAGAAUUUAAGCAUUUUUAGUUCAUUAACUGUCAGAGUAAGCUUUAUUGGCUAAGUAUGUGUUCAAAUACAAAGAAUCAGACUCCAGUAAACUCCAUGUACAGAUAUAAAAUAUAAAAUGUUUCAGAUAGAUAGAUAGAUAGAUAGAUAGAUAGAUAGAUAGAUAGAUAGAUAGAUAGAUAUACACUACAGGCCAAAAGUUUGGAAGCAAGAUCAGAUUUGUACAAAAAAGAUCAUAGUUUUAUAAAUAUAAUUUGCAACACAAUAAAUAUGACAAUUGUAACUUAUCAGAAGACAUUUUGACUAUAAUUAUUAGGUAUUUGAGUUAAAGUAACCUCCUCUGGCUUUAACAACAGCUUGGCAUAUACCAGGCAUUCAUUCCACAAGUUUUUUAAGGUAUGUUCCAGGGAUUGCAUUCCAAGCUUUCUUAAGUUCAUUAAAAAGAGACUGCUGAUUCAUGGGACGUGUUUUUCUGACCGAUCGAUCCAAUUCAUCCCACACAAGCUCAAUUUGAGAAAGGUCUGGAGACUGAGGGGGCCAAACCAUCUUUUGAAGAACACCUUCCUCUUCUUUUUUGUCUAGGUAACCCUGACAGAACUUGGCAGAGUGCUUAGGGUCAUUGUCUUGCUGCAAAACAAACUUAUGAGCCACAAAUAAGAGUCCAGAUGGAACAGCAUGGUGCUGGAUGGAGUGGUACUGUUCCUUUUUCAUGAUACCCUUUACUUCAAACAAAUCUCCAACUCCAUCACCUGCAAAACAUCCCCAUACCAUGGAACUACCACCUCCAUGCUGAAUUGUGGGUGUAACACAUGGUGCUUUCAGACGUUCACCAGUUUGUCUGCGGACAUAGACUCUGCGUUUUGAACCAAACAGUGCAAACUUGUUUCUAGUUAUCAUAAGUCCAAUUUUUGUGAGCUUUUGCCCACUCAUAUCUCUUUUUCUUGUUCUGUGGAGGAUGUAGUGUUUUUUUGCAGAUACAAAACCCUUCAGACCAGCCUGUCUCAAACGUCAUUUCACGGUUGUCAGAGAUAUAGGUUUCGACCUUAUCAUGUUGAUUUCCUCCCGUAUUUGUGGUGGUGUCUUUCACCGAUCUCUCUUACUAGUGACAAUGCUAUGUUUAUCCUCUGCUUUUGUAGUAACUCUCUUUCGUCCAGGUCUUUUUUUUUAUCAUAACUGCAGGUUCCUCUAGUCUCUUCAGAGUGUAGUGGACUCCUUUGUUAAACACCUUUAGGCGUUUUGCAAUUUCUCUUCUCUUCCUUCUUUCCUCAGAGUACAAAUCUGUACUUUUGUUUCUUUACUUAGUUGCUUCUUCCUAGCCAUGUUUGUGGUAGUUUGAACGCAGUUGAGAUUUAUUAGGAUUUUUGUAUGCAGACUCUCAAAAGCCAAAAAGUUGAAGUGUUGAAUCCAACUGUGAUUUUUUUUUUUUUUUUUGCUUUUGCACUGAAAUUGUGACUCUUGCAAAUGUUUUCAACCCUAAAACUAAGCCCUUAUUAUCUUUUGCUGACAUAUAUUUAGCAAUGGUCUGUUAACAUCAAUGUAUAUCUAUAUAUAUAUAUAUAUAUAUAUAUACAUAUAUAUAUAUGGUGAAAAAGACAGAGACACUGGCACUUGGGUAAAGUUAAACAGAUAUUCACAGACUCAGACUUCCCGGGUCGAUAAUUCAUCAAUGAAACUCAAACUCAAACCCAUUUUCUCAAAAUGAGCCAUCAGACAACUUCAAGUGGUCUCAAAAUGCUGCCAGUGUUGGCUUGUUGACGUAGGGACCGUCAGCAAAUUACCACAGCACAGUACUGCUGUGAAAGAAAAAUCAAUAACCAUAAAAAACACAAAACACAUAAAUGACCUUACUUAAUUCAUACUACAUCAUAGUUUAAAAAAAAGGAUUUUUUUAAUUAAAAUGAUAAGCCAUUCCAUCAAAUUUAUGUGUCCCAGUAGCGUAUGCCCACAGCUCUGCUCUCUUGAUCCAUAGCCACCUUGUGGCUUUCUCUGCAGCGUCUGUUGCAGCCCUGAUGGCCUUCCUCUUUGCUUCCCUGGUGAAGCCCAGCAUUGUUAAUACUUUGCAGAGUGACUGCCCUGCAAAUCUUCUGCAGCCCACCUCCAGAUGUUCACAGCGAGGUUUCCAGCCUUGCCUCCUGCUCUCAUCCAUUAGCUCCUGGUACUUGGCACGCUUUCUCUCAUUGGCCUCAUCCAUGCGGUCUUCCCAGCGCACUGUGAGCUCCACAAUGAUCAACUGCCUGGUGGAAUCUGACAAGUUGAUCAUGUCUGGGUGGAGCCAUGUCAAUGUUAUUUUGGCUGGGAAUUUUUGGCUGGAAUGUGCCAGUCAGUGGCAGAUGUGAGGAUGCUAGACUUUGUCCAUGGUUGUGUGAUGGGCUUCUCUCCAGCUUUGUGGAACCUGAUAGUCUUUGGCUUGUGGUGGCCCUUGGUGGUACUGAUGGCCUUGGCUAUGCUGUCAGCAACUGCCCUCAGCACCUAGUUGUGGUGCCAGCAAUAGCGUCUGUUUCCAAGGGCUUUUGGGCAGCUGCUGAGGAGGUGCUCCAGGGAUCUGCGUCCUGGACAUUGGGGACAUGAUGGUGUCUUAGUUUUGUCCCAGACGUGGAGGUUAGCUGGGCUCGGUCAUAAACAGCCUGGACUAAAAACCUGGUGAAAUGGAAGUCUGCUUUCCAGAUGUUGGACCAGGUGAUCUUUCGUUGCAGAACGUUCUCACAUUAAGUCCAGGCUCCUUGUUGUCCCAUUCCCACCAUCAUGCUUGCUAAUUCUUCCUCCACACUGGCCACACUUCAUCCUUAACAAGAUGUUGUCUUUCCUUACCCUUGGCCUUUUCCUUCCUGCUUGUCGGGAAAUAGCCAAUGUGUGCAUGUGGCUAUGGACCCCACCAGUGCCUUCUGCCUCAACCGUGACUCAGUCACCUCCAAAGCUUUGUCUGCCCUCCAUUUCCUUCCUGUUGGCACCUGGAUGCCAGCCGAUGCCACCUUUGGAUUCCCAGAUUCCCUGUACUGCAGGACUUCGUUUUUCCUGGACACUAUGAACUCUUCAAUCAGGCCACUGAAUGGGACCUAUAAAUAUAAAGGAGACUUAACUUUCAUUUAAAUGACACUGUUCACAUUAAAGUCUGAAAUCUACAAAAUACACUGAAAAGCCUGGAUUAGAAAUAUAUACAACUCAUUUAAAACAUUUAACACAAACAGUCCACUUACUGGUCAGACCUGUGUAAAGGGUAUCUUUACCCCCUGUAAAGGUCAAGUCUUUCAUCAUCCAUUAGAAAAAUAAAAUAAAAUAAAAACGUCAGUAACACCAAGAAAGAAAAACAAUUCCAAAUAGUUUUUAAUUGUCCUAAGUCAAGAAAAAUUAUUAUUGUUAUUAGGGCCACUGGACAAAUGCACCAAGGCACUGGCCCCUGUACAAAAGUAUAGAAGCCUUAUUCCUCUUCCGGACAAGUUUUGACUCACUACUAGUCCUACAGCCUGAAGAGUUGAAGGAUAAAUUCUAUAUCUACAUCACCCAUCCCCUCAGUCUGUGUGUGUGCGUGUGUGUGUUUAGAAAAUCACCAACGAAGCUUCGUCUAAAAGGAAAAAGAGCACAGGAACCUCAGCAAAUACUUUUGUGUAUGUGGGAAUAUGAAUAACCGGGUUUCUCUGUGUGCAUGUAGAAGUCAUUUGUGAUCAAAAAUGUAGUAUCUUACUCAAGUCCAUUUAAACACACCUUUUGACACUGAAAUCAUUGUGUGAUCUUUUCUCCCCCUUCAGGUCCAUCCAUCGGAGGAUCGAUAGCAGAGAAUAUUGGCUUCCCCUGGCUGAUGACCCUAAUUGGUGUAGUGGAUAUUUUUUUUUCUCCGCUCUGUCUCUUCCUAAGGAAUCCACCAGGACAGGAAGAAAAAGUUGUAAGUUGUUUAGAGCAGUGAGGGAUCAUGUACAUUUACUAACCGUUGACCACUGAUAUUAGAAACAGUAAACAAACACACAAAAAGUAGUGUACUCAUGAUGUGUUGAAGUCCAGUCAGUGAAAUAACUGUUGGGUAACAUAACUCAGGUGUCUUCUAGGUGUGUUUAAAUGUUUCCUCAAGCUACAGAAAAAUGUAGGUUUCAAUAGGAAACUUUAAUAAUGUAUAAGAAGAUGCUUAAUUAUCACAAGUUUAAUUUCUACAGACAAUGACUAAAACAUACAAAGACAGGCAGAAGAGCAUCUCUCGGAUGGACUUCACCAUUUUUUUUACAUAUAGAUGAAUAUCUUAUCAAUAUCUACAGGCCUGUUAUCAUUGUAUCAUGAGAUACAAUGAUAUCAUGCUACUACAUACCUGGUAUAAUUUCAUCAUGGCAUUAUUCAGUGUAUACACCUCUUUAAAUCUGAAAAAAGACCUGAAGUGGAAAAAAAAGCUUUUAAACUACAGCAUUUGUUUUUUCAGGCCAUCCUGAUGGACACUAACUGUUCAAUGAAGACCAGGUCCUACUCCACACAGGGGGCUUGCUACCAAGGUGACGAUGUAGACCCAGAGUAUGAGGAUUAUGAAUAACGGAGCCCCAGCCAUGAAGGGUAACCCUUCAGAGGAUCUAUUUUCUUGUUUUAAAAAGGAGCACAGUGAAAAAAACAGCUGAGAUAUUUCCAUGUGAAUGUCCUGCUUCCGGUCUUCACUGUUCACUGUCCUCUAAGCGGUUGUUCUGGGGGAAACCAAAGUUGUUCUGAAUUUGUGGUUGCAAGCGCAUUAUUUAAGAAAUAUUUUUAGCCAGCUGCCUUAUUGAGUAGAGAGACGUGUUUAACUUCAUGAAGAGAGAAGGGAGCUGAGCAUCAAGUCCGCUUUGCUGGUUUCUUUUAUUUCUGUCCAGACACAAGUUAGACAUUAAAUCUGUUGUAUCUACCACAAUGCUGUCCAGAGUGUUAUUACCAGACCAGACCUUGCUGUGAAGGUGGGUGUUUCAUUGGAUCAUUGUGUGGUAUAUGAGUAUAUUGUUGUUUGUUUAUAAGACUAAAGGAUUAUCAGGCUCUGCUUAUGGUCACCUUCAAAAUAAACAUAAAGUGCUUCUGCCCAACUGGUCUGGCCAGACAGGGAGGAGCGGCCGGCAUAUUUCAGGGGCUUAAAAAAAUGAGAUAACCGCAUGUCCUAACAGCAUGCAGACAUUUCACCAGACAUGGCAUCACAUCAUAUUACAUUAGAUGCUAACUGUCCACACAGUAUACACAUCAGUAACACCAUACAACAACCAAGUCAGAUUACCUGUGAGCUCCAAGAACAGCUGGAGAUCUAAAUCUGUGCUGUUCAAUCAGGUAUUAUGUGUGCAUCUUGCUUUGUGCAUCUGUCUUUCUGUCACUCUCUGUUCUCCCCACACACACACCUCUUUUGUAUGGACUGUGGAAAAAGCAGAGGUAUUAGAGGAUCUGGGAGAGAAGUUAAAAGGACCUGGGAGAGGAGCUGGAAGGGGCAGGGAGAGGAGCUGGGAGAGGAGACAGGAAAGAGCCAGGAAAGGAGCUGGGAGAGAAGCUGGGAAAAAGAGGGGGAGGAGUAGAGAGAGGGCCAGGAAAGGAGCUGGGAAGAGGUGGAAGAGAAGCUCAGAGAAGGGCUUGGAGAGGAGCUGGAAGGAGCAGGGAGAGGAGCUGAAAGGACCUGGGGGAUGAGAUGGGAGAAGAGCUGAAAGGAGCUAGAGGAGAACUGGAAAAGGAGGUGGAAGAGGAGUUAGGAGGGAGCCAGGAGAGGAGCUGAAAGGAGUUGGGUAGACACUGUGAGAGGAGCUGGGGCAGGAGCUGGGAGAGGAGGUAGAAGAGGAGCUUGGAGAAAUGCUGGAAGAGGAGCUGGUAAAUGAGCUUCAGUGCAUCUUCUCAUUUUCACGUCCUAAUACUUUUACUCUUCUUCAGCAUCAGUUUUGUUCUUUGAAAGCUGAGCAUACUCACUUAGUACUAACUGACAGCUUUCCAUGUCCACCCACUAUCACACCUGCAACAAGCAGCCAACAGAAAAAGUGAACAUAAAGAGUCAAAGUGUUUUUUUUUUUUCUGUGAUGAGUUAAAUACUUCUGACUGUAGGAAAAUUUGAGUUCAUGUGAAACAAUUAAACACUUUGAUGAUCAGUCUGAGAACUGACUGAUCAAUCAGUUGACGAAUCAACCACAGUCAACUUAUCGAUCACAGUGAACUGAUCAAUCACAGUCAACUGAUUGAUCACUGCAGACUCUCAGUUGAGCGGUCAUCAGACAUCCUAGAUUGAAUGACUCGGAUGGCUUGAUUGUCAUUUCAAUAUAAAAAUUGAUUUCCGGGGCGGACAAGUCUCAACCCCUCUGUUUGUGAGACUAAACUUGUGUUUUAAUCGUGUUGUCUGACCAUGUAUCCAUCAGAAUAGGACUUGUACGUUUGGUUUUAUUUUUGUGUUUGUUCUAUGGAAUACACAUAAACUCAGAGAGAAAGUGGCGAAGCUACUGGUGUUGUGUUUUGUUUUAAUAAAUUGUUAUUUCGAAUUGACAAA